CUAAUGUUUCAGAACCAAGAGGAGGUUAUAAAUCAAGUGAGUCCCCUUUUUUUUUUUUGGGCUCAGUGAAGCGGGUGUGAGGUGGUCACUCGGUCUGACCUUCAGUCUGCUGCCAGUCAGAGUUUCUCUCCCGUUGUGUGCACUUGUGUAUCUGUGAGGAGUCUUGAGGAGCAGCUGACCAGUUCAGGAGAAAUGCAUCUCACCACAGAGGACAGGAUAGAGCUGGGACUGAGGGAGCAGGGGACCAUCAAUCCUGCAUUUGGGGUAAGUGUCGAGACAUCUAAUGAUCUUAUUAUUCAGUUUUAGUGUCUCGAGUUUGAAGCAAAAAUCUAAAUUAUAAUAAAAUUCAGAGGAAAUGUACUUUCCAAAGUUGUGAGUCACCAACAUUAAAUGAUUUUGCUUGUAUUUUUCGACUCAAAUGAAAAGAAAGAGUGCUGUUUGGUUUCAUUUCAGUACUUAGAGCUGAAAGUAAGCCUCAGAGGAAUGUGAAAUGAUCAGAGCUGCAUGUGCUCAACAAACAGGGGAUAUUUCAGAGGAAUCGAUUGUGAGGUUUUCAGAAAAUGAGGCAAAGUUCAGGCAUGAGACGAAACGAAGAAGUCACUUCAAGCUCGAAUUGGAAAAGCUUUUGAUAAAACUUGAAACAGAAAGGCUGAAUAAAAGGCGUUGGAGUCAGUAUUUGUGGUGUGUGUGUGUGUACGUGUAUGUGUGUGUGAAAGAGUUGUGAAACGUCCGGCUGCAGGGGGUGUGCAAGUGUACACAGCUGAGCUCUGCAGGUUGAUGUUUCCCACUUUUUUCUCCACCCCAAUUAUCUGAAGAAUUUAGAAAAAUGGGAUCGCCAGCUUCAACAACCCAUCAGUCUGUCAACAUCCAAGAAAUAAUACAGGCGAAGGCAUCUGGACUCAUUAAUUACCAUGAUCCUUACAUUGUACGCCGUUUGACACUCCUGAGAGAGGGAUUUGGACUAAACAAUGAAUCCAAAGACGUGGACUUAGACUUCGUAUUCUGGCAUCCAGAGUAUUUUUUUAAAUCAUUUUUGAGCUUUGAUCUUGUAGAAAUAUUACGCAACAACUUUUUUUGUGAAUUUUUUUUAAUCCAUUUACUUCUUAAACCGUACAAAAGUCGUCUUCAACCGAAACUUUAAGCAUAUCUUCACUGAUUCGUUUGCCAUCGUUUGUGCAAAAUAAACUCAAGCUCAACAAUUUCAAGACCACAGUGGUGUCCAAAUCAGUGCAACUCUGCAGAAGACUUUUCAUUCAGUUAAUACAUUACACCUCUAGCAUGGGAGAAACCCCAACACUCACUUCUCAAGGCUAAUAAUAGCAGCUAAUUGAUUCAAAGCAAAGCAGAAAACUUCACGUGAUCUUUACAGUGAAACCAAACAAUUCUGGAGAGUGUGCAGGAGUCACGUUUAGAUGGUAGAGAUCUGCUAAUCAGCUUGUAGGACACAGUCUACCUCCACUGUGCGUAUAGAUGUCUAGGUUGUUUCUUCAAUGCAUGCAUGUAACAGGAACACCUGAUUCGCAGAGUGUGUUAUUUCGCAUGGGUUACAUUAGGAAGUCAUGAGUGCACAGCAAUCUGGGGUAAAAAUGUGGAUUGUGCGAUCAAACAAGUAAGCGUUUGUCUCCAGAAGUCCAUUUAGGGUUUCAGGUAUCACUGCAGGGUGGAGGUUACACUCCAAAAACAAAAGCUCACUUCACAAAGUUUUGACUCUCGAUGUGGAGGGGAUUAUUCCUGAAAACACUGACCCACUGAUAGUUGUUACAAGCAGAGAUAGUAAAAAGCUUUUUGGGUCAUUUCUGACUUUUUUCUCAGGGAAACUUGGAGGAGUAUUACUAGUAAUACUAUUUUAUUGUCCUGACUUCCCAAAAAGAAACUUCCAUACAAACCUGUGAACAUUGGAAGGAAUCUAGGAACUUCCCCGGACAAGCCUGGACAGCCUAGACAGACCCCCCAAAAAAAGGCCAUGUAUGGGUAAAAGAGGACGUACGGUCACCCUAGUAUAAUGGUGCGUUCCAGUUGUACCCAGAAGUCGGGUUUUUCAAGCUCAGAUGGAAAUUCAUCUGGAAUGCCCCCCUAAAGUCGGAUUUCCGACUCGGAAAGUCAGAUGAUUCUCACCAACCCGGACUUGACAACAACAUCAUAGUCCAAGAUGGCAGAGCAGUGCAUCAACAGUAAAGAGUAACAAAGAAAGCUCUCAUAAUGUAUUAUUUAUUAGCACUUCUGUUUUGUUUUUGUAAAAUUAAAGAAGUGGUUUAUGUUGUACUGUCCAACGGCUAACUGAGAACACGGUGCUAUGGCGUUUGUAAGAGUUAUGCUGUGUUCGAAUUACCUCAGAAGUCAGAUGUCGGAGCUGAAAAUGACGUAACUCCCAGCAUUUCAGUUACCUAGUUGGAUUAAAGUUAUUUUAGCGCUUGCCUUGUCUGCAUAUUAGGCAAGCACUAAAAUAACUUUCGUUGAUGUAGCCAUCUUGUUCUAGGCCUCCGAUUUUGCUUUUUCCCGACUUGGUGACUGAAACGCUGGGAACUAGGGUGUGACGUCAUUUUCAGCUCCGUCACCUGACUUCCGAGGUAACUCGAGCGCAGCACAAGAUUCUGUUUUAUGCAAUGUUUACAUCUGGUAUCGCUAACAACACUAACAACAGCGAGCAACAUCUAACAACCACUAACAACAGCUAACAACAACUUACAACCGCAAACAACAGCUAACAAUGGCUAACAGUAGGCGUCCAUCUUGGUUUUCCGACUUGUAAACUGGAAUACCGUCAACUUGGGUGUAAUGUCAUUCCCAGCUCUGACAUCCUUGGUAACUGGGACGCAGCAUAAGGCACAGGCUAUAUCUGAAACCACCUACGCACUAGCACAGUGUGUUGUAUGUUCUGCAAUGCUGCGUUCAAAGGCGGUAUGCACUAUGAUUCUGUUCUGUUGGAUCCAUUUUGCAACACGUCGGGCCAGGCUUUGCUGGUUUUUAAAAGCAGAUGACAACAAAAGACCAUGUAAUUACCAGACCACUACUGUGUAGUGUUCACUUCUGGUUUGAAAGAAAAGCACAAGUGGCAUAUUAAAUCAGUUUCACAGACAUGAACUACCAACUGUGAGAUGGAUAAUGUCCGUGUAACGACUACAAAUGAAAAGAUUCAUUUGUGUUUCUCGCAUUACUCCACUGUACAUGCAACAAAUGUAAUAAAUAUCUUUGCACAAAAGUAUCCUUUCCCAUAAAUGAUGCUCUGGGGUGUGCUCUCCAUAUUUCUAACUUCAUAAAGGGGUAAUAACUCUGGUACAGCACCUGUAAGCUAAAGCUACCCGCCAUAUAUCAGAGGAAAGGAUGUUAUCUCUGUGCACUCAGGCAAAUAUUUAGGCAGGGGGGAGACCGGUUCCCUGCAGAGUGAGCAUGACUUGUUACUGGAAAUCUGUCUUACUGCAUGAUAAUGUUUAUUGUGUUAAGUUAAGUCCACAGAGUGCAGUUUCUGCCCAGCUGUGUGGAUCUUUCUCCUACCAUUUGUUUUCAGCAUGAUGAGUUUGAAAUCCUGCUAGUUUGUUGAUUGUUGUGCACUUUGGACCCUUGAUCAAUUAGUCCAUACGUGUCAAGUUGUGGAUUACGAAAAAGGUUAAAUUUUCAGACACUCUCCUGGAUCAGUCUGGGGACCAGGCGGGUUGGGCGGCUCAUUCGUUAAAUCCUUGUCAAAAUAAAUUGUUUUCUAGACAUGCUUUGGUUUUUAGAAAUGUUCUCGUCUGUGAGCGCACGCUAGCAAUCGAGUUCAGUUUGGAGAAGCAGAGUAAUAUUUUUUAUGAUGUAUUAUAACACAGGAGAUUAACGGGGAAUACAGUAGUUUCCCGGCCAAAAACGAGAUACUUGACAGCUAUGAAUUAGUCUAGACCCCAUUCCCUGGUUGUAUGUACAUGAAUGAUUAUGACCUCACGAGGGUAAAAAGCGGUAAAUAUUGCUGCGUAUCUAAAGGAGGAAACUUGACGAAGUGCCCCCUGGGUUUCCUUCCUGUAAAGAAACGGAAAAGAAGUGCUCCGUGGAUGCUCUUUCAGUAGAAUUAUGGUAAAGAGUACUUAUUAGGUUACAUUUGGGUUAAAAAAAAAAAAAAAGGCUCUUCCUGAUUCCCCCAGUGAUAUCGAAGGGCAGAAAAUCACUUUUAGUGGUUAACUACGAUGGUGUACUUUUGGUGCUUGAGCCUUUUUUUGAGUUGACCUUCCAGCUUCGAGAGCUGAGUUUAGUACUCAGAAAGUCUGUCGAUCAGAAUUAGAUCUACAUUUCAUACUCAUUUUUAUCAAGACUCAGAAAAGAAUUACCGUAAUGCGAGUUUAAGCAUCUAUCAUUUGGUGACAAUAGUUUGUACUUUUCAAUGUCUACCACUUAAUGCGGGGAAGUCAUGACAUUUAUCAGGUGCCCUUUUGAAUUGUUUUUGCCCCUGACCCUUAAACAGCCUGAGUACAGCACUGUCUGACUUCAACACAUCAUUGUUGUGUAAUGUUUUGUAAUAGCAUGAACUGGAUAAAUAUAGACUGAUUAAACAAUUGAUCAAAGUUAUGUUACAUCUGGACCUGUCUAUCAAACUUUUUGUUGUUUGUAUGACCAAGAUGAGCCACCUCCUCUACUUUGGUUACCAUAGAAACUUCAUCUAAAAACCGUUUUUCUAGUUCCUACACCAUUACAGCUAUUACAGAUAUGUUUGACAAACUUGCUCUCCUGUGUCGGUACAAACAGAGAGUUUACCAUGAGCACGAUGCCAGCUCCAAACCAGAGAAUGACAUAUAUCUGUAUGAAUAGCUGGGGUGGGGUAAUAUGAGCCUAAAAGCAUGGGCUAAGUUGAGCCAAUGGGAAUAACUUUGUGCACCUGACUGGUUGUUAGACCACGGCUGAAUGACAGGACCAGACUUUCAUUUCCUUUUGUGCAGUGUACAUGAAAUUUAUUAUUCAAGCAUCAUUUGGUUUUAGUUUGGAAAUGGACUCACUUUAAGGAUGUCCUGAAUUUGUCUUGAUUUAAUUUAAUGGUAUAUGAGAUUAAGAUGUGCAGUUUUAAUUAAGCAUAAUGAGUGGAGCGAUUUAUCCCCCUCAUCAGGGGUAAUCUGAUCUAAGAGCAACUCACUCGAUAAGAUUUAUAAACCUAUUUUGCAUUGAUUUUGGUGCCAAAGUGAUUAUUUCCACAUCCUGAAUGUUCAUCAAUUGUAGGCAGAGACCUUCAGGAAAGACUGGCUCAAAUCACUCCACUCCAUCUCAGUAUCUGUAUGUUAUCUUAUCAUAAAAAGGCCGAUAUUGUAAAUGCUGGAUGUAUAACCAACUACAAGCUUCUCCCAAUACUUCAGGGAUUGAUAUGACGAGUAUAAGAGGGUCCCUGUACUUUCUUGUUAGGCGGGAAACCACUAGAUGGAAGCAAACUUCCAUGUAAUCACUGAAGCAGCUGUCUGAGUGUACGGUACACACUGAUGACUUGUAAACAAAUCUGAGCUCAGCGAGGAAAUAGGAGGAAGAUGUGUGAAUGGGGUCAGUCACACUUCUUUUGUCUUGAGAGUAAAAGAUGAUUGAUGGCCGACAGUAUUUUGGUUUCACAGCGAGCUGAGCUGUAAAACUUGGUUAUGGAGUUUGAAAAAUGUUUUGUUUUGAUGCUUUCACUCAGAAGAAUGAAGCAACACCAAAAAAACAGUCAAAGUGAAACCAUAUUGGACAAGUGUUUCCAACAUAUUAAACACAUUACCACAUAUUCUGUGUCUUAUUCACUCUUCUUCAUCAUCAUCAUCGUCAGAGGAGACAGUCUUUUGUCUUGUUUUGUUUUCCUGUUGAGUAUUUAGAUGUGUGUCCCUGCAGUACUCGAUCUGUUUGCCUUGUAAGACCACCUCCAUGAGCGUCUGUCAUAUUUCAAACACUUCUGACUCUCCUCCACAUCAAACAGAAGCAUUCUCCUGAGAGUUUGUACAGUCAACAGCUCUUUGUAAAUGGAUACGUCCUUUGUGGUCUGCGUCAAGAGGGAUGUGACCUCUUUGCAUCCGACACAGGUCAUGUGUCCUAUCAAGCGCACAGUAGCGUACAGUAACCACGAAUACCAAGCAAAUAAUUCUGUAAACAGAGAGGAGAUAGUUCAUGGUGUCAAAUGCAUCCCUAUGUGCAAUGUUUUCACUGUGUGUUGUUAAUGUGCCUUUAGGAAAAUCUGAACAUAUACUUCCUUACCCCUCAGAGUAACCUCCUUAGAAGUGGUUGUGCUGCCUUAACAGAAACUGAUCCGUCCCAAGAGGUUAGUCCUCAGAGAGAGAUGACCUCUUUGCAUUUGAAGACAUCUCCUGGUCAUAUACCGCUGAAUCUGCUAAACCAAAGUUAAAGUUCUUGAUAGGGCUGUCCCGAUACGAUAUUUGAUAUCGGAUACCAGCAAAAAAAAAACUAAUAUCUGAUUAUAUCGGCCUGCAUCUAAAAUCUCCGAUAUCAGCACUCCAAUACAAGCAGUCUAUUCCAGACUCCGCUCCAGCACCUCUAUCUAGCAGCGCCCUGAUCCAGCAAACUCAGCCCACAAAAUCACAACAACAGCGUGUAUUAAGGUAUGAACAAAGUAGCAAUGAGGAGGAGUGAUGUUUGCCAUGAAGCAGUAUUUUUGUCUAAGUCUGAAAAAAACAUUGCAGCUGAGUCAAAAACUUGUCAUGCGCAAUUAUGGAUCAAUACUGAAGGCUACAAUAUCCGUAUCGAAUUGGAAGUCAAAAAGUUGUAUCAGGACACCUCUAGUUCUUGAUACUAGUCCUGUUGUAUUUGUCAUUUUUUGGACCAAUUUCACAGAUAAUCUUGAACAGAUCAUCACUGAUCUGACGAGCUCAUAGAUUCACCAUCCAUGAACAUUUAAGAUGCUCCUGAAAAAGGAGAAGUGGGGUACUUUUGAUUGAUUGACAAGCAGGAAUCAUAACAAUGAAGAUCUGCCUCGAGCAGCUUUUUGUAAGCUCUUUUCAUUCUCUAUUUCUCCUUCGCAUCCUGUGAUCAGACGGUCAAAAAUAAGAGUGGGGUCUGGUGACAGUUUUAAGAGGGUACUGGGGGUCCUCUCCCCUGGAAAAAACUUUUGCCUUCCUGCUUUCAAGUGAAAAUGUAGAUGUCAAUUUGAAAAAAAAAAUACAAGCUACUGAUAUAAAACUAUUAGCUGAGAAAAGAAAUACCACUUCCUGCACGGAGCACACAUUACUGCCAGAUCAGAUCAGUCACACAUAUAAUGAAAUUAUAGACUCUUGAUGGCUAAUUCAACUCUUAAUUAAUGAUAAUAAUAACAUGAAAAUUUUACGGUUUAAUAGACUUAUCUCACGAUAGUUGCUUGGCAACCAAACUCGUGUAAUCCGAUUACUACAUUACCACAUUUCACGUCUGGUGGUGGACAUCCACAGGGCAUUUUUCCACUUGAUUUUGCUGCAAGACUCUAAAGAGGACAUUUAUUUAUGUUUUAUCUAUUCCUAUAUAAUACAUAAGGAUCCAACAUCCCCACAUCCCGACGCAAAGUGUGGAAUUUAUCAACCUGUACUUGUGCUUAGGAACGUGCGUAAACUAAAGCACAACUCUUACCAUGCGUACACUCAAAACCUAGUGAUAAAACAGUGAAACUACAAAUACAACCCAUGAAAGGAGUCACAGCGUUCAGCAAUGUUUAACUUCACAUGUUCUCUGUUGCCUCUCUACAAAAUUUAUCAAUUAGUUAUUGAUCAGACAUUUUGAACGAUCGGUGUGACAAUCUAUAAAAAUCAGCUGUGACAGGACAACCUCAGAAGAAGUCUUACAAGUACAAAUACAAGAAUCAUGGCUUAUUUCGUGCUAUCGGAGGACUUGGAGAAUCAUAUGCUCUGCAGGGAGCGUGUUUUUAAAGACCGUGCAGAUCUGUUCAGUGAGGACACAGUGGCUUCUCAGCAGGUACCGCUUCCCCAAAUAUUUGAAUGGUUUUACGCCGUGAUUUACAGCCCGUGUUAGAGCGAGAGACAGAACGCACCAAGGCCAUCCCAGAGCACAUCCAGCUCCUGUCCACCCUGCGAUUUCUGGAACAUUUCAGCGUAUGAUUGGAGACAUAUGCAUCAUUUCGCAGCAAACACGCAGCAGAAUCAAGCCGGCAGAGUUGGUUGCAAUAGUUUCUCUGGCCUCAACUUACAUCCAGUUCCCAAACACACAUCAACAACAAGCUGAAACAAAACUAUUGAAGCCAUAGAUUGCACCUACAUUGUAAUAAAAAACCACCUUCACACAAUAAAUUCCAUUUUGUCAACAGGAAAGGAUUUCGUUCUAUCAAUGCACAAAUAAUCUGUGAUGCACAUGUGUAUCUGUUAAACGUUGUUGCCUGGUGGCCUGGAGGAACACGCGACUCAUUCAAUCUGCAGAACAGCUCUGUGAGUGAACACCUCCAUGAUUUUGGCGAGGGGAAAAAAUUCAUUCACGCAUUUUAAAGGGAUUGUUGAUACCAUAUAUGGUCAAUUAGAGGCGUUUCUGAAUGCAAAUGACCCUAACCGUGCAAGAAAGUAAAGAACAGGUGGGAUUUAUCACCGAUUACUUACUAGUGUGUGUACGAUCGCAUGUGUACGCAUGUUUGAUAAAUACGGACUUUUUUGUACUUACGAACAGUCUAAAUUUCAUUCCUGCGUUUUCUACGCACAGUUGGUAAAUGAGGCCCCAGGUGAGCACUCCUGCUAUUCCUCGUCAUUCCCUGACUGGCGCGGGUCUUUCUCUCGCGGCCUGAGAGUGCCGGUGCCGGGAGUGCGCACAGAGCGCGCUCGUUUCCCGCGUAGCCAACCUCCGUUAAACUGUUAAAUUGUUUCCCCGCACCUCUGUCCCGCGGUCCUGCACUCCAACCAACCGUUUCCCUUUCUACUUGGACUGUUUCUCCCUGCUGUAGGCGUUUGAGGGUGCACACUCAGCGACCGCCCGCCAAAAACACACACAAACACAAACACACACACACAUCCACUUACCUGCUGCCAUCUUCAGAGCCAAACCGGGGCACUUCCUGGUCCAUCAGUAAAUAGCGCAAGGUGGCGCUCUUUUGGGGGUCAUGUGACCCCCGGACCCCACCAUUAUAGUUCAUUUGUAGUAUUUUGGUCUGAUUUAAUGUGUUUUCAAUGAUUAAGUUCACAGCUGUAUGGAGGGCUAUCAGUGCCUUUUUGUCCAUGUUGAAAUGUCUGAUUUGUUGAUGAAUUUUUUGUUCUUUUAUUGCUUAUUGUGUCUUAAACCCCCAUAAUUUGCUUAUGGAUUUGCCCAGGGGAGGGGCUAAGGGAUAUUUAACGAGCGCUUUGCUCACUUGGUAGGGAGUUCUUGGCCUGGUGGCAUCGUGGGUUACAAGCAAACAAGUGAACAAGCGUAAGUCCUUCUGAUAAAAUCUUCUGUAAACACUAGUGAUGGGCAAAUGAAGCUUUUAUGAACCAUUGAACCACUUGAAGCAAUCGGUUCAAAAUGGUUUGAAGCUUCAAAGCUUCAGUGAUAAUGACACCUGGUGGCGAAAAAGCUAGAACUGUAGUCAAAUACUAUGGAGGCUUUUAGACAGUAAAACAAUAGUAUGUAUACACACAUACAUGAAACAAUGACUGGAUAUCUAGUUCUCUAUUCAACCAAAGAUGUUUUUGUAUAUUGUGUUAUUAUGGCAGCUCAUGAGUAAAUAAAAAAAUCAAGCAAAUGGCUCAUACCUUGUUUAAUGUUACGCUGAGAAAUAUUGUGAAUGUCAUUUCAUUAUUUUGUCCCGAAGUCUUAAAUAAACAAAAGUGUGAAACAAUGUUAUGCUAAGAAACCACGACUCAUAUAUUCACACACUAAAGUAUAAACAUUUCUACGUACACAAAGUAACAAAAAUUAUGGCACAGGUAGAGUAUAUGCAUUUCAAAGAUUUUUAUUCAAGAAAAUUAUUUUUUCCACAGUCUUUGGAUUUAGACGGUUUCUUUUUUUACUGACAAUGUCUCCACAUUUUGAAAGUAUGCGCUCACAUGGCACAGAUGUUGCCUGUGUGCAUAAAAAUCUUUUGGAAAGCACAUAAAGAUGCGGGUAGACAUUCUUUUGCUCUGUCCAGUAAACCAGGGGGUCUUUCGUUCUUUCUACUGGUGGAUCUGUCAUAUAGCGCUGGACCUCUACAUUCGCAUCAGCCGUUGUGCUCCUCGACCUCCUGGCUUCAUUUGCAUCUCUGUCCAGCAGCUCCCAAAGGCUCCCUUCAAAAAGACAAAAAUCACAUUAAUCAGUCUAUAUCAAAAUAAACACUUUUCUUUUACCUGCAAGCCUGCCUCCCGGUCCAUCUGUGACAUAUUGAAGGUGUAUCACUGACUUUAAGAUGAUUUAUAAUCCCACUUGGUAUAUAUAGUUGGUAUAUAUAAUCUUUAUGAUAUAACCUGUGGAUGCUGCUGGAGUUUCAUUAUCUGCUGAUGGCAUUGCAGGAUGAGCUGGUUCUGGCUGAUUUGUUGUAGACAGCUGUAGUGAGGUUCUCAGUACAGAUGCACAUUCUGACACCAGUCGUCUCAUCGCUGCUUGGGCACGACCUUGAUUGCGGAACCCAAGCAUUUUAAAUCUGGGAUCCAGGAGUGUGGCCAGGUUGCAAGCUGUUGAAUCCUCCUGGCCAUCAAAUCUUGAUGUCAACUGUUGAACCAGGUUCUGCCCCAGUAUUUUUGCAGUGGCAUGGAUUGUUUGUCCAGUAAGAUCUAUUAUAGAAUGAAAGAGCAUUUUGGUCAUUGGGAUCGCCACUGUCCCUGAAACUCUCUUUUCCUCAGACAGUUCAUUUGUUGCCUUCUUGAAUGGGUUGAGCAUCGCUAUGCAGGCAGCCAUGGUCUCGUAGUCUUCAGAGGCCAGUGGUCGUACUUCUGUGGUGAGCACGGCAAGAGCUGACCCCACAGUCUGCCUCUCCUCGUACAACCGCUGGAACAUGUCGUAAGUGCUGUUCCAGCGAGUGUCCACCUCCUGAAUGAGCUUCAUGGUCUGGCGUCCUGCGGAUUUCUGCACCUGUUGCAAUACCUCUUUAGCUCUAGUGCUUGUUUUAAAGUAGGUCACCACUUUACGUGACCUUGUUCGAAGGUCUUCCAGUCCAGGAGUGCUCUCAAUGGACUUCUUCACCACUAAAUUCAAUGCAUGCGCAUAGCAAGGCACAGACCUCAGGCCCAACUUUCUGCCACUGGCAAUCAUAUUUGCUCCUGCAUCUGUCACAAAGCUUGAAACUUUCUUCUCAAUGCCCCACUCCAUCAUGAGACACCUCGUCGAAGCGGCUAUAUUAUCCGAAGUGUGUGCUUCUGGGAAUGGCAGCACCCCCAAAACCACUGUGGCCAGCCUGUCAGAGGCAUCCACAUAAUGGGCCGUCACUGCCAGAUAAGCAUCCAUGUUUAUGGAGGUCCACAUAUCGCUUGUCAGGCUGACAGCUUCCACACUCUCCAUGACGGCCUUGGCCUUUUCCUUCUCCUCUGUAUAACGGCGCACCACCAUCUUCUUUAGGUCUGUCCUUGAUGGCAGAAUGUAUGUGGGAUCAAGGAGUGCCACAAAGUCCUUGAAACCACGGUCCUCCACAAUUGAAAACGGCUGAGAGUCUUUCACGACCAUCUCCACCAGAGCAUCAUCCAACUGCUGCUGCCGGCCAACUAGACAGAAACAAAGAAAUAAAUAAAUUACAGUACAUACAAUGAGGAUUUAUUUGAAAUUUUGGGAAGAUUAAGCAUUAUGUCAUAGAAUAUAGUCAUAUAUAUUAAAAUAUGUUAUUGUAGUGUGUUACUGUUUCAUCAAUAAUAUAGCCUACCUCUUCCUGCUCCUGCUCCUGCGUUCUCCUGGGUAACACCAGAAGUAGCUGAAGCAGCUGCAGAAGUUCCUUGGUCGGAAUGUUUGGCAGUGAAAUGCCUCUUCAUAGAAGAAGUAUUGUUGUGAUACUUCAGCUCAGAAGUACACAACAAGCACCGAACCUGAAGAGAAAAACAUUAGAUAAAAACUAAUGCCCUGUCCGAGAUUCGAACACACAACCUACUAGUUGAAAGGCGACAGUGCUAACCAUUACACCACACUGAUGCCUAUUUCAACAUUCGUGCCGCCCGUUUCUUAUCUUUUAGUAUUGGAAAUUCCGACGACAUCCUCUUUUUUGUAUGUUCUGGGUCACAAUAUCCAGAAUGUUCGGACCACCAAAAUUUAAUAGGAUCCUCCUGGGGCUGAGACGUGCCUCUGGUGAAAAUUUCAGGCCAAUCCGUCGGUUACUUUAUCCGUAAAGUUGCUAACAGACAAACAAACAAACCAACGCUACAGAAAACAUAAGCUUCUUGGCGGAGGUAAUGAUGAGUUGUGCUUACGAAACCUGCUUCAUUUCAGCGAGUGUCCGUCUCCAAAAUCUACCCGGAUACAGCAAUGCUACUUUUUGAUUGGCUGUUCGGUAGAUAUACUUUAUUUGAUUAGCUUUCGGGUGGCACGCAGCCUCUUUACUCUCAGUGGAACUGACUUGAUUUCUACCUGUUCCAUUGUUAAAAGGUUGCUACUUGGUGGACGUCACCGUGGUAAUAUUAAUAUGUGAGAAACACAAUGUGUGGCAAGUGAACGGGUGGGAUUGCGUGUGCCGCACGCCGAAUGCGUGUGACUUGAGAGCCCUGAAAAUGAAUACUGAUUGCUGAACAUCCAUCCGACUAUUAACCAAUCUAUCUUAAACAACGUGGUGUUAAUGUUUGUAACGUGAAGCUUAAUGUCAGAGAAUUUGUGUUAUACUGCCUCAGUGGCUGCAUAGUUCAUGUGCUGUGAAACCUCUUAUAGAGGAUUAGCGCAGUUAGCGCACAUAAUCAAACAAAUGACUCCUCCUAUAAUAACAAACUCACCUUAUCAUGGGCAAUGAGUUCAAAGUAUUGCCACAUUUCAGAACGGCCCCUCUUCCUGGCUGGCUCCAUGUCCACGAUGAUGAUGAUCAAUACACGCAAAAACGCAAUGUAAUGAUAAAUCAACUCAACAACUAUGCAAACGCCUCUACUGCAAACCCACAUUUUGUUCAUUGUUUGAAACGCUUAAAAAGCUGUCAAGGCGCAAAAUUUGAAAAUGAUUCAACCUGUCAGAAUCGAGAGAUCGGCAAACUGGCACUUGGUUAGCACAGGGCCAGUCAUAUGAUUCAUUCCUUGGAUCGAACCAGGGGUCGUGGCUUCGAGACAGUCAAGGGGUUACCAGGGUUCAUUCAGAGAAUGAAACAGUUACUGCUUCGGACGUCAUAGGUCACGUGGUUUUUUCCAAAUCGAACGGAGCGUCGGAACAGUGUUUCGAGGCAAUUUCAUUUCCGGAUUUGAAACGUGCGCCGGAGCGUCGGUUUCAGAGCGCCCAUCACUAGUAAACACGUCAUUUAUUUGCCUGUUUUGUUUUCUGCACUGUUAAUAUUUUUGCCACUGUUUGCUGUUUUGGGGGAGUUGGUGUGAAUAAAAACCCACCACAAUGGGGUUACGACUGCACCAUAAGUUUUUUGUCCUGAAUGAACCCGUGACAGAGAGAAACUGGUUUUGGCAUUUGUGAGAUUUUCAAAAACUUUUUAAAAUAGCUGAUUUAGAUUGUUUUGAGAAAUUAUCAACUAACUUUAAAACAAGUAUUUGUGCCAGGCUAUGAAUUCACUUGUCUCACCGUUCGAAUCUUUAUUGAUGACUCUGUUAUCUCUCUUCCUCUCUCUCUCUGUACAUCCUCCUGAUGUUCACAGACAUAAAAUAAUUGGUGUAUUGAUGAAUGGAUUGUCCUCUAAUUUUCUAAUCAAUCAUGAAGCAGUAAAAUUAAAAUCAUCUGUUUUAUGUUUGGCAUUGUAAUUACUGACAACCUAACUUGUCCCUUUUUUUUAGAUGAGAAAUUAGGUCUGAUUGGAUUAAGUUUCAUCUGACUUAAAUGUCAGUUAAUUUCCUCUUAGUUUUUUUUCCAUGUGCACUUGAUUUUCUUAAUCACUGUCUCACUGUCUCAUUUCCAUCAGGGGAGAAAGGUCAGAAGAACUACUUCAAACUUCCCCGCAUAUUUACUUACUGUGACACACAGCCCAUUUUAGAGAUAUAACUACAGAUGUUUUACAUUGCUGUCUACAAAACAUCCCCAUUGACCUCAUCAAAUCAAGUCAGUAUAUACCAUAACCUCUGCUACACUACUGUGGUUUCGCUUGUCUGUCAAGAUGUCCAAGUUUAGAGCCAAGACACUGUCUGCCCCCAUUGUUGGGUCACACAAACUAACACAAAUGUCUUUAUUCUGUCAGUAGAUGCUUUUUGGAUUUAGACAGCAUGUGCCGACUUGAACUGCUUUUACAACAAAGGCUGGCUACAUAAAGUUCUACUCAUAGAGCCAGAAAAUGAGAGUUUGACUCAAAAUCAUAGACCGUAUAUACUAUGGACUACUUGGUUCUGCUUUCUGUCAUUAUAUGAAUUUGAAGCUGAAAAGCUUGGAUUUUGGGGGGAUUUUCUCCACCUCCUGGAAUCACCACUGGUGCAGUAGCGUUGUACGCAUUCAGUGGGAGAGUCGCUGUGAUGAUGCUCGGCUCAACUAGUGUAUCCCCCGGGUGAGCUACGCUAUCUUCGUACACCCAUAGGCUGUAUCAAGUGUCAAUCAUAGAAAACAUGAACCCCCUAAUAACUUAAAAAAUUGAACCACAAAGAAAAAAGAGGACUUGAGCACAAACCAGUCUGACAGUAACUACUUGUCAACCUCGCAACCAGAGGGGAGAAAAUUUUUAUUCUGUGUAAUAAAUUUCUAAAGUUUAUCCACAGCUCCAUAGGGAUUGCUGGAGGGAUUGGAGGUGGGAUUAAUAAUAAUAAUAAUAAUAAUUAUAAUAAUAAUAAUAAUACAGAUAAAAAUAAUUGAAAAAAUAAUACAAAUAAAAAUAAUUGAAAAAAUAAUGCAAAUAAAAUGAUACAAAAUAAUGCAAAUAAAAUGAUACAAAAUGAUACAAAUAAUGAUACAAAAUAAAGAUAAUAAAAAAUAAUACAUUUUAUUUAUAACGUGCUUUUACAGGUGCUCAAAGACACUUUACAAGCAAACACAAUUUAAUGAAAGUAUGGGGGUCCGUACAGUCUCAGAUGAGUUUGGGGAGUGAAUUCCAGAGAGUGGAGGCGGCAGAGGAGAAGCUCUGUUAUGACCUAUACUGUAGACUGUCACCAGAGGGUGCUGUUCUCGUGGUGGCUUCACCCAGCGAGGAGGCAGGUGGCAUCUAUGUUCAAAAUUUAAUAUACCGCUCGGAAUGAAAACACGGUUGGAUUCAGGUUCUGAAUCAUGCGUGUAGUAGUUUUGGUGUUGAUUCUUCUAGAGCACUCACCAUGUUUGUUUUUGGUGUUUUUCCGCCUCUGCAUCCAUCUGCAAACCACCGCAACCACCACCACCUUAAUCAACAUUCAGCCAACUCAUAAUCAUAGCAUCUCGUACCCCUCAAUCACCAUCUGAGUGAUAAUGUUAGAAACUGAGAUGCUGCAGGUCCCCCACAGGAGCUACAUCUGUGAUCCGGAUCCAACUAUGACGCAAUCACCCCAGCACACACAGGUUCCAGUUUAUACGAUCUUGAUCGGAUACUAGAGAAGUUUACCUCAGCUGCCACCUACUGUGCCCACAUGGAUGUUGGACAUGCCAUAACUCACCUUAACCCACCUUUUACGCUCAGUGUUUGUGUCUUUCACCUGCUAAGCUGGAGCAUCAGCUCUUGAUUAUUGUGAAGAUAGACAGAAUUUUUUUAAGCUUUUCCCAGAUCCAAAGACAAAACAACGAGUCUUUAAGAGUCUCUGGUAUGUGUAACAUCAAAGUGUGAUAGGUUAAGAUAUGAAAGCGUGUUAUCUGAAAUCUAGUUCUGGGAGAUGAUGUCAAAACAUUUGAUUGGAGUGUUGUGUUCAGUAAUUUAAUGAAUUUAGUGACCUGAAAUGUCUUUGUGUUACUGUUUGUACUUCCCCUCAGGUCAAAGACAGCGAUGAACAGCCACAGAUGACAGUUGAUGUUGAGGAGCCACACACGGAGGCCUUGGAGGAGACGGUCGACCACAGUGCAGAUUUGGUUUACUCCCUCAACGACAGACCACCGUGGUACCUCUGUAUUCUGCUCGGCUUUCAGGUAAAUUUAUCUCUGGCCUUGAAGCAUUCGACAUUGAGCCCAACCUUCCAGUUGGGGGUGUGGAUCUUCACCAAAAAGGAUUGUAUGAUAAAAUGUAAUUGUCUCAAGCUGUUCCUACUAAGCGGCCCAUUUUAGUCCAACAAUCAUGAAACAUGACUCCCUUUCAUGUAUGUUUUUACUCAUAUCAGGUAACACUGACAGGUGUCUUCGCAGGAAAUUGUCUUAUUUUCAGACUCAGAGGUUUUUGUGUUUGUGUUGUGGAUAUCUCUAAAUCCAACUCGAAGAGCUGUGCUACAUGUACUGUUUUAGAAGACAAUGUUCUGUGUGAGAAUAAACACCAGAUGAAAAUUACUACACUUUUAGUAACUUCAAGUGUAACUGCACAUAACCUGUUACCUUUUUUGAGUGUCCUUGGCGCUGUUUUUGGCCCUGAUGUUUUUCCCUAAACCAAGUCCCGUAAAUUAACCGAACUGACAUGUUUUUGUGAGAGUUUCAGCAGAACGUUUUGGUUUUUUUAUUGGUCUUCAAAAUCGACACAACACAAAACCAUAACUUUUCAAACUGGUAGAAAAAUCUUUCAUUUCUAAGAGGUAGGGCUUAAUGUUGGUAUUCUCUUGAAGCUGCCAAGGCACAUAUACUGCGUUGCUCUUAUUAGGUCACAAAGACUGUCUUGGAGCCCCAUCUUGCUAAUACACAUACUAUCCUCCCAUUGACAAACAUGCGGUGCGAUUAAGAAAAAAUCUGGUAAAAUUCCUCUCUUUAUCCCUCUUAAACUUUAAAGUCUGGAUUAAGUCCAACCAUACCUUUUUAAAGCUUCAUUGCAUUGUUGAAAUAAUAUUGAAGAGAGCUUAAACAAAUAGCUAAACAAUAAUCCCCUGAAGGCUUUGAUUAAUUGCUAUGGAUAAUCUGCAACAAUAGCAUUCCAAUGUAUUUACAUUUCUGCAUAUCGGAUGAAUGAGGUCAUGUUAUCUUUGAUUUAAACACUCAGCAGGUAGCGAACUGUCUAAGAGUCAGUUGUCUUUUUCCCAUUUGGUUGUUAGGCUGUAAACCAAAAGGCCGAGUUUCAGUGUCAAAGGAUAACUAAACUUAGCUCAAAAAGCUAAAAGCUGCUAAAAACACAUGAAUCCAUCAAUGUCUCUAAUAAACCCCCAAUGAUUAGGCAUUAUAAUAUCAGGAUAUCUCAGGUAUCAUGUGGGUGUCAGUUAGGGCUGCGGGAUUUUGGCAAAAAGUAAAAUAAAUUUUUUUUCUCUGAAAACUCAAUUUUUGAUUUUGACUAUUUAUUCAGUGACAACUUUACCAAACUUCACUUUAAUUAAAACUUUUUCUAUCAUCUCUCAAAGCGACACCACUGAAGCCUCUGUGGCAAGUUGAAGUGUCCAGGGGUCUUAUGUAUCAACGCUGGCGGCGCCAGAAAACCUUGCGUCCGCCAAGAUCGGCGCACACGUCCAGAUUUAUCAUCGCGACACGAGCGUCGGUUCCAGCGCUAAUCAACGCAAAGUGAGGAGGUGGUGUAGAAGUUGGCGUUGAGCCGAUACUUGCGUUGACGGCACUUUGGCGACGCUGUGUGGCGGUGUUUGGUGACUCACUAUGUGACAAGCGUGCACCACAUCACCGUGGCCGAACAGCACGUCGCCCCACAUGACGAACCAGCAGCAGACGGAGGGAUGCGAGCUGAUCACUGCCGGGCCGCCGUCCUCGCGCGGGAGAAUCUCAUCGCCACAGUGUGAAUGGGUAAGAAGUGAAUACACAGUUCAAUGAGCCAAAUUAAUUUAUUUUCGCCACCAGACGCUUGAGGACAUUUACGAGCCGCUCGUUGAUCCCCCUGAUGAUUUUUUUCCUGCGAUUGCAGGACCGCCUCCGUGAGGACCCUUCCACUGCGUCCGGGUGGUCCAGCGGAAGCGCCGCGGCUGAUGGACGCUCCACUGCUUGUCGGCGCGCUGGUGCUGAUGCUGGUGCUGGGGCCGGGGUGGCCCGAAUGCCGCUGGUCCUGGCCAAUGACUCCGAGCCGGCGGACGGGCUGCCGCGGGCUGGGGUUCCGCAAGCCGGCGACACGGCCGACACAUUGAUUUCUGUGACACAAUGAAAAUAUUGGUUCAUUUCAAUUCCUGCUUCUGUGUAUCUGUUGCAUUUAUAUCUCUCUCCGCGGUAUCAUAGGUAAUGUAAUCCAGUAUUUAGAGGUCAGUUAUGCACAUUACAGUUGUUAAUUACAUAAAAAGUUAUCGAAAAAUGAAGUUGAGGGCGAAGUAUAAAUCACAUCUAAAAAUAGACUGAAUCCCGACGUUGAAAUGAAGUAUAAACUUAGACUAGACGUCUAAUAUACGUCUUCUGCUCAGUGGGAUGGCAAAGCAUGUGGACAUUUGUGUGACACGCCACUUAUCCUAUAAUAAUAAUCAACACCACCCGCUGCUCAAACGGCGUGAGGGUCUCCUCCCCCGGACCCCGACCUGUCUGGCCGGUACUCCUCCGGAGGGCAGCUGUACGCCGCUUGACCUCCACCUUGAGGUCCGACCACUUUUUUUUAAUCUCCGCAGGGGUGCGUGUCUCGGAACCCACCGCGUUCACCCUCUCGGAAACUUUCUCCCACUCCAAGUGUUUUCGUUUUGCACAGACGCCACUGGACAGGCUGCCAAACAAAACACGCUGUCCCUCCUCCACCUCCGCCACCAGCACCUCCACCCCGCACGCCGUAAAUUUAGUUUUUCUUGUCAUUUUCUCUGCGUGCGAGGACAGGGAGACCCUAUUUAAAUAAAUCUGCAUAUUUAUAGGAGGGCGUAACGGGGGCGGGCCCAGUCACUCCAACAUCUGCGCUCAAUUCCACGCUGAUUGGGAUUUAUCAAGGAAACACACGUGGCUUUCGGCGCCCGUACACAUUGAUACAUACGGAUUUUUUUCAGCGUGACGGACCUUGCAUGCGCUCGUUUCUGGUAUGAGUUCCAUGCAAGUGUUGAGAAAUGAGGCCCCUGGUCUCUAGUGUAUGCAUCUGUGAGUGUGUGUGUGUGUGAGUGCUGUAUGUGUUGAAUGGGAGUUGGGAGACAUUCAAUGUAUGAAAACUGCUUUAAAAAUAAUGAUUGAUUGAAAAAAAUGUAGUGCAUAUGCCAAGCCAGUAAGUGGCGCUGUAACGCUGCACAGGAAAUGCACAAAAGACAGAAGAAGAGUACAUAGCAUGUGUAUAAAAGUUGUUUUGGCCGGACAAGCGCAGGCGCCGUAAAAAUAGUUACGCUGUGUGUCACAUAAUCGUUUCGAGAGAUGCAGAUAGACAUCCACACGGAGAUGAAAUGGUAGCCAUAUUAGAUUUAUGCACUCUCUGACCCAUUUUCCUGUACCAUUUACAGUCACCCGAAACGCCGUUUCCAUGUAGAUGAACCGCCCAUACGACAAAAAACGUUUGUGGUUUUGGACAGGUUGCAUGUGGACGGGUUGAUACCGCCUUCAGACAGACUUUACAGCAGGGAGUGGUUUGCUCUUUAUCCAAAACUGUGAAGCCGUACCAAUUCAACAUGACUGACUUACUCUUGCCCUAUUUAGCUGAGAAAUUAUCGCCUUCUUUUGCAAACGCCAUGUUUGUUUACACUGGUGUGUAUGAGAACUGGGGAGCGCUCCUGCAGGAAGGGGGAGCCUACGGUGGCCUGGAAAGAAAAUUUUAAAAAGCAAGGUAAAAGUUUAGGAAAAAAACUACAAACUAAAACGUCCCGCUCACUGGUGUUUAAGGUUAUGUAAGAAAAUUGGAUGCCAACAGGUCGUAAAUUUCUAUUCAGUGAAGAGCAGCCACGACUCUUGAAUCAGGCAGUAAAAACUUGUUAAUGCAGCCUUGUAAAAUGUUAGACUUGGAUAGUUUUUGCAUUUUUUCACACUCUGUUUCCGUGUACUAUUAAGGCUGAGUUGGAAGGGAUGCUCUGCAUAAGCGGAUAAAAAGAGAAUUUAAUGGUUAGUUAAUCAUCCAAAGACUGUAUUUGAAGACUUGUGAGGACCUUUUUUCUUCCCAUGUAGCUCCUCGAAACCCUGGGGUCUCUUCUGUUGUAUUUUUUUUUUUUCAUGAUGGGCCAAAUGACUCUUUUGAAUCAUCUUUUUUUUUUAUGGUUUCCCUCUUUGCACCUUUGGAGUUUGGACUUGCUUUUAUUGAUGCAGCAACAAACCGUGUUUACAGACAUGUAGCUAUCAUCCACAUGUCUGUGCUGGCUGGCUGCGCAUUAUAGGCAGUGCUGACUUGACUAGACCCAGCAAGAAGCAGCUGUAUCUCAAUUUUCUGCACCAAAUACUGUCUGACAGUGCUGCUCUUUGACAUACAAUUGGUCAUCUGUGUUUGUUUACAGCCUAAUAGAUGAUUAAAAAAUCAUGGGAUCUGCCAAUUACCAGAGUCACAGCUAACACACAACCAAGAGUAAUUACAACUUGUUUAACUAAUUCCCAUCUGGUACAGGACAUUUUUUUGUAUUAUUUAUGAUUAGAUUUGUAAGUUUCUUCCCCUCAUUUUAAUGUGAGUUAAUUGAUGUAUUUUUGGUGGAGGGAAAAGUUCAUCCAUCAUACCAAAGAGUGUCAUCUUGGGCUGUUACUUUUACAGCCCCAAACAUUUUUAAUUCCCCUCAGGGAUCAUGACAUUUCUUCAGCCGUUCAGUGAUUGCUGCCCUUUGCACCUUUGGUUGUCACCUUAAACCCCCCUUAGAAAUCACUUGCAGGAAACGUAGAGUGUGGAUUUCAUCCUCGAGAGAUGGGGAGGACCACAUUUCCUCACCUCCCACUGAGGUAUUGUUUGUAAAGUCACUGAAACCUGUCUGCUUAGAUCUCCUUCGACAGAAAUACGUGCCUUUUAUUUGGUGUAAACUUUUCCAGGGUUUUAAAAGGAGGUCGAAAAACAAAAACAAAACUUUCAAAUGCAACUUCAAGAGCGAAGACAACCGUGCAGAUUUUAGGAUGUUUUAUUUUUUUUGCCGGGUGCAGAAUUGGCACCUGAAUUGACACCCUUGAGCCGCAUGCCAUGCCAAUUAGUCAGGCAUUUAUUAGCCUCCUUGUUGAUAGCAUGUUAUGUCUCAUUUCUCAGUAUUUGUGGUGUGUUUUGGAAAGCAAUAAAAACGUUAAACUGCAGACAGGCGAUCAAGUAAUUUAAUGGAGGUGUACACCUACAAUAACAGGAGGAGGCAUGUUUUACUGGGGACUUUUAAGACUGUGUAUUCCAAACAGUAAAUCUAUAAUUGGAAGAUAAAUGAGCUGUUAACUCUUUCUGGGUAGACUGUACAGGGACCACAUGUCUUCAUGUCACCAGGGUCAUCUCACCCCCACCCCCCCAAAAAAAAAUAAAAGCCUGAGUUGAAAAACAAGAAUUCCAGGUGAUAUUUCAUCUUGUUUUAUCGCGUAUUUCGAGUCUACAGGCAGGGAAGCAUCGACCAAACCUAGCAGGAGAUUAUCCACUUGUCUUUUUCCUGCAUUUGCCAUAAUUCUCAAGAGAUUGAAUUGUUUUUCCUCAGCUGGUGACCUUUGACCCAUACUAUCUCACACCUACGCACACAGUUUUAAACUCUCCUUACUUUCCAGGAGUAGGUCAGCGCAAUCUCUUCCAGCUGGCACCUUAUCUAAGCUGUAACCUUAACCUGCGCUCAGAUUGAAUGCCUAAUAACCAAGAUUUACAACCUGUCUUACCACUUGUUAUUAUUUGGUAAAUUCUGGACAGGGGCGGUGUGGAUUGAGGUCAGUUUAAGGCCAAUUCGCAUUUCCAAUAUUCAUCUUUGCUCUCUGAUGCAAUCCUCUACAACAGCUCUACUAACAAGAUUAAAAGGUGAUAUCUGUGCUCGUGUGGAGAGUUUUUGACGGGUUAUAAGACAGACCGAAAUGAACAGUGACGUGUCCCUAUGAUGUGCAAAACCAAAGUAAGAUUGUCAUUUCAAUAUUGUUAUUUUUAAUGCCACACCCAGCAAACUAAUUUGGCAUUUACCUGCAGACUCUGUGAUCCUAUCGCUUUAAAACAGUAAGUCAUCGACACCAAAGAAGAGUAAGGAGUAGGACUAGGCCAUUUAAUAUAUUUCGUCAUAUCCUCCAAGCUCUAUUAUUAUCAUGAUUUUUUUUUUUAACUGCCAGUUAAAAAAAGUACCAAAGCAUCUGUACUAAAAACUAAAGAAACUAGAUGUUAGUUUAACAUUUUAUUAGCAUAAAAAGUAAAUUAAAUACUUAGAAAAAUAUGAAAACCAUGUUUACCCAACAAUAUAACAAAUGUAUAUAAAUACUAAAUAAUACAGUGAGUUAGUUUAGAGUGUUUUUGCAGGUAUGCCUGACCCAAAAUGAACAGAUUUCUCCUUCAGGGAUAAUGAAGACGCCUUAAAAUGUAAACAUUAGAUGAUGUAAACGUCGAUGAUACGAUUGAUUGCUGCUUCGGUCUGGUGGCUAAACUGGCAAUGCUACUUGUGCCGUUGGCAGUGGCAGGCUGCGCAGACUCCGCUUGCAUUUUCAUGCUUUCCGCAUAAUCAGCUAGAAAGUACUUCUUCAAAUGACUAAACAGAUCUGUUGGGCACCGACCGCUGACAUACCUCGCACAUCGGCUUAAUUGCUCAACAUCACUUUGGAGAUACCCGAACCACCGCCACACAAACGAGGUUGAAUAAAAAAUAAGAGUAAGAAAUUAGAAGAGCUUCAUUAAUCUCCUAAGGGAAAUUUAAUUGUCUGUUGUCUCACAUAAUAGUUAUCUACUAUUUACACAAGAGUUAUAAAGUCUGAUGGCUGUUGGUACAAAAGAUCUUCUGAAUCUUUCUGUCCUGCAGCGAAGAGAGAGGAGCCGUCCACCACCACUGGCCCUUUGGUCCAUCAAGGUGUUAUGAAGUGGGUGAUCCAUGUUCUUUAGUAUAGUCUCCACCUUCCUCAGUGUAGAUAACUUUUAACUUAAAUAACUUGUCUUCUUCUCAACAAUGGCAUCUCCAGAAGAUGACUCAAAGUCUUGGCUGACAUCUUUUUUGCUGCCUCAGCUUCGUGUUUGACUCGGAGCUCGACUCUGAUUGGCUUUUUUUUUUCACGCACAUUUCCGCCAUGUUUGAUCGAGUGAACAUGCUCACAGCUGAUCACCGUGAUCGAACUGAAACUUAUCACGAGCAUCAAUCACGAUCAUAUAAUCACUCAGUCCUAGUAAGGAGACACACUGACAGGCAGUAUUCAGUAUGUUACUACCUUGCAGUCUGAGUGCAGUGAAAUUAAAAGUUUUAUAAAGUAAUUUUUUUUUGGAGCAAGGAGGAGGGAAGUAUUUCAAAAUCUCCAAAAAGGGGGAUCGUGGCCUUUAGAUGAAUUAUUCUGCCUUUUUUUUCCCCCCCUUACUUUACUCUACAGGUGCAGAAACACCUGGGCAUAUGGCCCAGGCUUUGGCCAUUUUCUGCCUAACCAAUAGUUUUCCGCAUCAACUAUCCUUCUUUGUUGUGCAUGCCAGAGUGAGUGAGUCUGUCUGUUCCCAAAUGUAAUUUGUAGCUGGAAGGAGGAGUGUCUGUGGCUCAGAUAGAUAAAUCAUGGAGGCAUGAAGCAGUGCAAGCUCCAGAAAACCUCCUUCAGCUCUCCCCUGUCAUAAUGCUGACCUCCUGGAUCUCCCUCUGACCUGCAGGAGUUCCAGGUUCCAAAAUAUUCUCAUAAAUCAGAUGGAGUCUAUUAACAUCUGCCCCCAAUUUUUUAAAAUUUUCAACCUCAACACAUUUGUGCGGUGUGUGUCUGUGAGGAGAAUUUAACUGGUUUAGGCUGCACAGGUUUAAGAGAGCCACGCCUAUAAACAUUAAAACAAUCAUAAUAAAUCACACAUCUGGGACUUACAAUUGGGAAAAGAGGACGUAAACUUCAAAAGGACAUCUCCUAAAAAUUUUUACGUCUCCUUGGGUACUUUUGAGUGCUCCUAACAUCUUCAAGCAGUCCUGUCUGCGAUCAAUUGAAAACACUUGACCGCCAAAAGUUCAGGAGGCUUCUGUUGAAACGGGCACACAUUUAGACACUUUAUGAGAGUCGAUUCAUCAAUUCUGUUCAGGACUAAUGGAAGCCUACAAUAAUGUUAACGUUAAAUCCUAUUGACAGUCGUACGAUCUGUCCUCUCUCUGCUGUAACAGAGAGGGUCACUGAGAUUCAAAGGUCUGCUUAUACAGGAAUGAAAACCGGUUAGGGGUGGAAAAGGUGAGAGGGAUACAAUUCCUCGAGGGGAGUACGGGGGCAAGCGCCCCUGGAAGAAAAUUUUGGACAAUUUAUAUUCAAAAGCAUCAACCUGGUGCAACAUAAGCACAACUUAAAACUUUCACUGGUAAGUUACUUAUUUUUUAUCUAUACAAACUUAAUUUAUCCUUAUCUAAUGGCAUAGUACUUUAGUCCUCAGUCACAUCGCCAGCUGGUUUCUGAAAGCCUGGUCUAACAGAUGCAUGAACUGUGGAUUGUUUUUGUCCACACACACGAAAAAAAGGAAAAAAAUACACACAGGACAAAUCUGAGGAGCUCAUUUUUCUUCAUUUGAGAUGAUAGGAAAGUGGAUAGAGCAGAAAACACGGAGGAAGAAGUGGGGAUGACAUUCUAGGAAGGAGUUGCAAGGAGCCAGAUCACACUCGGGGCACGUGCUGUAGGCUGCUCAGUUUUCACAGUGAAUCCUCGUCGCUUCAAGGCGUUAUCUUUAGGUCAAGAUCACAGCAUUGAUAUUUAGACCACAAGAACACAAACGAUUCUAUUGCAAAGAUACCCACUCAGCAAAAAGUGGUUAAAAAGAAAAUGGAAAAGACAUCUUUAUCAUACGUGUAAACAUGUCUAGAUUUUGACCGUCUAAAUGAAGCCCGAUUUUUUACAUCUUUUUUUUGGGUUAAAUCGGGACGAAUCGGACUGUCCACAUAAAGCCCAGUUUUCAACGUUUUUUAGGGUCUAGAUUAGGACCGAAUCAGACCGUCUAAAUCAAGCCCAAUUUUCAACAUCUCAGGCAUGCUCAGUACAAACCUGACAUCGUUCUUUUUCUCCAAACCUAUCUGGAACAUCAUCUGAAAAAACCUGUGAAGGUGAAUAUUCCUAUAAUUAAUAUCAAAUGUUAAUGUCGCCGAUAUUGCGUUAUUAACAUUGACGUUAACAUUACGGUCACUUUCACAGGCUUUAGCUAAAUAUUUGUGAAACUUCUCCUUCGUCUGUAACUUUCUCUCACUCUUCUCUCUCCUUUGACUCCGCUCUGUCGCCUCUUCGCCUCCAGCUUUAAUUGAAUUAAAUCGACUACUUUAGUAUAACCCAACAGUUCUGUGAAUUUUGAAGAUAUCAGCACUUCUGUCACCAUUAAGUUGAAGACGUAUGGCUCUGAUUUGGACUAACCGUGAUUCCUCAAAGUCCAUUUGUGACAGGGGAGUAGGUCAAGAGAGUGAUAACUAAUGUUUGUAUAACUCUAGAAAUGCACUUACAGGGCACAGCCAGACCUCUCUGCGUGACUUUGACACUUCUUUCAAUCUGCUUUGACCACCUCAAUCUACCAUCCGAUACGAAACAGACCAUCACUCACAAUGCCGGUGCUCUCUGAUCGGAAACAUAAAAGUGAUAGAUAGCAGUGAUAAUGGUCUACUUUAGAGAGCCCAUAAAAGGGUUUAUGCUUAGUAGUAAAUGACACGCAAGUAUCAGACAUCAAUAAACAUUUCAGUACGUGGAUAAAGACGUUUUCAGUUUGGUUGAGGCCCGUGGCGUUCAUGUGUCUGUUAACUGUGCACAAGUCUUACCGAGAUAUAAAUCUACUUUUCCGAGAUGUGAUCUGUGAGACUUUCCAUUGAGAUGAACGGGUGAGGAAGGUAUGUGGUGCCUCAAGCUAGAGUUUUCCCAGUCAUGAGGCUUGCUCCCUUUUAAUCUUUGACCCCUUCACUAAUUCUUCUCCCGACAGUAUUCUCAGAAUCAGGAUCAGGGCAAAAGGAAGCCAGAUCAAACAGAUGAAUGAGCUGUGGACUGUUCUUGCCCACACACACACAAAAAAAAGGAAAAAAAUAACACAGGUCAAGUUGUUCGCACAGAAAAGUUCAGAUCUGAGGAGCUCAUUUUUCUUCAUUUGAGAUGAUAGGAAAGUGGAUGGAGCAGAAAACACGGAGGAAGAAGUGGGGAUGACAUUCUAGGAAGGAGUUGCAAGGAGCCAGAUCACACUCGGGGGCACGUGCUGUAGGCUGCUCAGUUUUCACAGUGAAUCUUUGUCGCUUCAAGGCGUUAUCUUUAGGUCAAGAUCGCAGCAUUGAUACUUAGACCACAAGAACACAAACGAUUCUAUCCCAAAGAUACCCAGUGGUUAAAAAGACGUCUUCACCAUAAACAAAAUAACGUCUAAACAAUGUCUAGAUUCGGACCGUCUAAAUAAAGCCCAGUUUUCAACGUCUUUUUUGGGCUAAAUUGGGACCGAAUGGACCAUCUAAACCAGACCUGGGCAUUUUACGGCCUGAGAGCCACAUCCGGCCCUUUGGAUGUACCUUCCCGGCCCUUCGUGAGGUCUGUCAAUCAAAACAUGAACAUGCUAUACAAGUGUACUGCUUUUAUUUUGAAAAACAAGCUGUUGUUUUAUUUUCGUUUGGACGCACAUGCGUACAACCUAGACCUGCAUUUGUGAACAGAGACUUUUAAUAUUGGCAAAUAUAUAUGUAGACACCUUAUAGUUGCCAAGUCCCCUUACUAUAAAUUGGCCUUUUGGGGCUUACUUUUAACUAGUAGUUGAUUAUUUCGGCUUUCUUUUCUGUCUGUGUGAAUCCCCCCUGACUAUCCCAAGUGCGGUAGGUAGUUUGUCUUUUCCUGACCACUGUUUCCUGAAUCGUGCCCGCUCGAGAACUUGGCACACCCCCUAACCAACCAGAUUACGAGCUUGAACUGAGGAGACCCAUCCGAUAUGGUAGCAAUGCUGGAUUACGCACCAGCAAGUAAUGAGGCGUUUCUGUAUAUGACGUCUGUGGGUUUAAAUUACUGCUUUUUAAAACGGGAGACAAUGAAUAUUGAGCAGAAAAAGGUUGAAGUUAUUGUUGGUUUGACCCUCCAACACAAUUCAGGUUUCUCAUGUGGCCCUGUGUAAAAAUUAAUUGCCCACCCCUGAUCUAAAUGAACCCCAGUUUCUAAUGUCUUUUUUGGGGCUAAAUUACGGCCAUGAUGGGCCGACGUGAUUUAGCCUGAAAAAAGACGUCUAAAUGACGUUUGAAGUUUGGUGGGUACAGCUUUCACACACUGAUACUUAAUACCAGACAGAAAUCCAUUUAUACUCAGUGAGAUUAAACAAUACAAAAAGGGAUUAACAAGUACACCAAAGAUUGAAAGCAGAGUCAUGUUUUUGCUGCCCAGAACCUUGACUAUGAAUAUAAAAUAUUUAUUUAUUCAUAGAUCUAGUAAGGUUCCCUCUUUGUAUUUUGCAGUGUUUAUUCCUAUUUCUAUCAUAAUUGUGCUGUUCGACAUCUGUAGACUAUUAUAAAAAGAAAUGAUGAAGGUUUCGACUUAAUUUCAGACAUGUACAAUGGUCCAAAAAGGAAAACCCACUCCAUUAAGAUGCAUGUCGUGUUAGAGCAACAUCACAAGUCAGAUCUAAGCCCCUGACUUUGGUGGCAUGUCAUUAUUUCCAGAUUCACGUCACAUAUCUGUACAGUCAAUUUAAGUAAAAACAUCUUACGCUGCAGCACUUAAUACAAAAACCAUUCAAGGGAUUUUCAGCUCUAUUUAUUGUAUAUUGAUUUAAUAUGACUAAUCAAAAUGAAGACAGUCGUGCAGUGAUUCAAUGAUACUGAGAUGAAUUCAGAGUCACGUUUUUACCUCUCUUUAGAGUCCUAAAUCUCUCUCUUUCUCUCUACAGCACUACAUUCUGGCCUUUGGUGGCAUCAUCGCCGUCCCCUUGAUCCUAGCCGAACCCCUCUGCAUAAAAGACAACAACAUCGCCAAAAGUCAGCUCAUCUCCACCAUCUUCUUUGUGUCGGGAUUAUGCACGCUGCUGCAGUCGACGUUCGGUAUCAGGUAAAACUCACGGCAGUUCACAUGCAAACAAAGAAAAUACCGGGUCACAUGGAGACAGUUAAACACAUAUGUGAGACGUGUUGUUGGGUGAACUUUUAAGUUAGUCUGCCGGACGGUAUCUGUCAAAGUCCAAUUAAUCGCCGGGCCGCAAAUAGCCGCCUGGUUUUAUGAAACGCCCUUUUCAGCACCCUUUUUGUGAAAUAAACACCCACCGAGUAACCGCCGGUGCAAUUAUUUGCAUUAUUAUUUUCGCAGAAGUAAACAGUUGGCACUUCAGUUUGCUAGAACUAGCUAACGUUAGAACAAGGGUGUACUGUAAUCUUAAAUGAAAGUGUCAGAGGGAACGACUUGCAGCAUGCCAAUUUGACGCCCCACCUUCACACACCGAAGGAGAAUGGACAGCAAAUGGACAUAAAUGAUAAUGAAAAAGGAAGAAAAAAAAAGUUUGACGCUACGUUUAAGCUUGAAGUUGUAAAAAACAUGGAGCAGAACUCUGGAGAAGCAGCUGUUAGAGCGUUUAACGUGGACCCUAAGCGGAUAAAACGGAGAGCUGAACUCAUCUCGCAAGCAUGCGAAGACGGCAAGCUAACCCGGGAUUUCCAACGCAUCCGGAACAGCUGUGAUUUUCGCCAUACGCCAAUUCCUACCGGCUCCUAAUCUGUGCCGAAUUUUUCCGGCAUGCUCCGGCGUCUGGAAAAUAUAGAACUCUAAAUCAGCUGUGGAUGCCGGCGAUCCGCAGCGGAACGGAAAGAAGCCGGUGGAAAUUGACACGUUAACUUGAAUGGUUACGAUCAGCUGCGAUCGGUGGAUACGGCCUUUUCGUCAUUGUUCCGGAUGCUGUGGAAAUUGGGGGUAACCCUAACCCUUACCCUUACAGUACUUUUGAACUGAAAAUACGUUGGACAGUAACUGUUGUCACAAUAAUUGCCUGGUGCAGGUCCGUGUAAAAAUAAAUAAAGGCUUACAGCGAAAAGCCACCUGGUUCUUGUAAACGUUUGGGGUUAAAGUUGAUUUCCCGUAUUAAACGCCGGGCUAUAAAUUGGUGAAAUACGGUAUAUCAGAUUAUAAACUGUUGUUUUAUGAUUAAUAACAUGCUAAAACUGGAGGACGGUAUUUUCUUCUUGUUAUUGUUAAUUGCCUGGGUGUCCGCCACUUUACACUACAGAUUUUUAUUGAUGGACAUUUGGAUUUUUAUUUACACAGAAGUACAGAGAAAAAAAACACACGGGAUACAGCGACUGCAAUAAAACACAGCAAAAGUGACAAUUACAGUUUCCAUGAAUGGAUUGGAGGCUGAGAACAUGAAACUUUCCACUGUUUUCUGGUGUCUGUCUUGGAGUAAACAGCUGUGACUGUUGACAAACCAAAAGUUACGUGCAACUCUCCGAGACGAACCAAAUCAGUGAGGAGGGAAAGUACAGCGGUGAAAAAGUCUUUCCAAGAAAGGGAAAUGUUGAAAAAGCCUCCUGAAAUAGACGUAUUGGAGCUGCCAGGUUACUUUGGCAGGACAGACAUCAUGUUUAGACCAAGUCUCUGAACAAGCUGUUUAGAGAACCAGGACACUGAAACUUGUCAUGUUUUGAAACUUUUUAAUAGGUCUCAGUUGAGCAUUGGUUUUAUCUUGCUGCACCGCAGGCUGCCAUUCAGUGGAAAUGUACAGAAGUUAAAACAACAAAGUGUUUGUAUUUCUAUUUUCCUCUCUCUGUCUAGCAACGUCCUGACGCUGCAGCUUACGCAGACAGCCCUGUGGUGGUUCACAUGGAGUUAAAAUUGUGAGUCAGUCUGCCGCUGGGCUCGGUGUGACACUCACAGCGGGUAUGAGAUUUACCUCAGGAUAAGAAACUGAAACUGUCUUCCUCAAAGCCUCAUUAUCCCCAGUUUACGCCGCAUACUUAGAGUCUCCUUUUUGUAGCAGAGAUGUGAAGUCCUGUUUGCAGCUUUGUGAGGAGAAAACCUUCAGAAAGCGAUGCAUCAAUCUCUCUGCUUCACCUCGGUGCAGCUGCCACCCACACACAGAGUACUGUACAAAACAUAGCAAGGCUCCACACAUACUCUCUGCCCCCUCAGCACUACCGUAACAUUAAGCCUGAGCAAAUAGCUAAUGCUUUUGUUUCAGUUCUCUGCCUACGCAGUUUGGCAAAGGCUUAAAAGGACAAAAAUGUGAUCCUAGAACACUCUUUGACAUUGAAUAAUAAGUAAGUUAAUCUUUAUUUUUACUGCAGCCUUCAACACUGCGGCUGCUUUUCAACACUGGCUUUGUGAAAUUAAAGAAUACGGGGAUCAAAACACAAACAUGCAGACAAAAGUGCUCAGAGAUAUGUUUGCUGUAACACAACAAAGGCUAAGACGAUAAAUCCAUGCGUGGGUCACAUGACUUCAUGAAAAGCUCCUGUGAGAGAAAAAAAACCCCUCCUUUUAUCUUUUAAAAAGAAAUGAUAUUGUCAACCACCUCAGAUAAAACUUGCCAAUUAAGAGAAAAAUUAUUUACUAUAUCAAUGAUAAAUCUAUGAAAAGUUUAACCAGCAAACCAAAGCAGUUUAAGGUCUGAAACUCAGAAUUCAUGAUGUGGUGCAAACAGAACUUUUUCUGUAGUGCUCUGAAAUGCUGUUGUGCUCCCCUCUCAUGUGGAGUCCCCCAAGGGUGUAUCUUGGGUUUUCUCUUGUUUGCUGUAUAUAUGCUUUUCUCCCUGAAGCAAAUCCUCAUUAAGCAAUGUGUCGGCUUUAACCUCAAUGCAGAUGACACUUUAGAAUUCCAGGUGACCAGAGUUACGCACUCCUGCUUUGCUUAGAUUAGACAUUCACAAAAAUCUGGUCUUUUUUUUCUCCCGCCGACUUAGUAAAAGUCAUUCAUGUGUGUAUUUCCUCUGGACAUGACUACUGUGCUACGUUUUUAUCCCGGCUUCAACUUCCCAUGACCCUGACUGCAGCCUGAGGUCCCCUGUCAGGGUCCUUCUCGUGGUUGUCUAGUCACAAGAGGUGACCGAGUGAUUGCAGUUUAAGCUCAGCAGUCGAGAACUCCCUGCCUGAGGAUGUCGGACGGACAAACUCGGUGUCCUCUUUUUAACCUCGGUCAAAAAGUCACUUCUGUUGUUUGAAUUAAGUGUGUCUGCUGAUGUAAAUUAUUUUUGAAGUACUUGAUCUCGUUUUUUUGUUCACGUUUUUAUUAUCCUUGUAAAUAUAUUGCUUUUAAUAACUAAAGCCAGUGACUGUUAUUAUGAUUAUUAUUAGUGAUUAUUAUUAUUAUUUUAUUAUUAUUGUGUUAUUAUUUUAUUAUUAUAGUGUUAUUAUUUUAUUAUUAUUGUUAUUAUUAUUUUAUUAUUAUUAUUAUUUUUAUUAAUUGUUCUUGUUUUUAUUUUCAUUAUUUUUUUAACCAUUUUUUUCACUACUAUUUUUAUUAUCUUUAUUAUUACUAUUAUUUUUAUUAUUAUUUAUGUAUUUAUUUUGCAUCUUAUCUUUUUUUGAAUUAUGUAUUUAUUUAUUUAUUUUAAAUUAUUAUUGUUAUAUAUAUUAUUACUAAUAUUAUUAUUAUAGCAGCAGGAGGAGUAUGAUUUCAAUGAACAUGACAGGAUUUGUUUAAAUGACAGUGAAUGUUCCUAAAUUGGUCAUUAUCUUAAACUGCUGCAGUGUAAGGUGAAUUUAUGUCUGCAGGUUAAUGGUGUCCAGCCACAGGUCAGAGACUCCCCAGAGGAGUCUUAAGUUAAACUGUGAGGUGUUGACAAGUGCACAGUCAGAAAAAAAAACAGAAGGAAAACAUGUGACCCUCACAUAAAAAAAUGUCUAUUAACCCAAAGUUUCUCCCUUUUGAACACGAAGACGGUGAGUUCUUGGCUCACCUAAAAGCAUCCAGACUGUCUCUGCGUUAUUCGGCUCCAGAGCCCCACUAAUUGACCUCCUACAGUCUGAAAACAACCCGCUCAUUAAAAUUUUUGCUUAACACUAGCCUACACUGACCUUAAAUCAUAAUGUGCAGCGACCUCUGACCUCUAACUCUUGACUUGCAGGUUACCAGUCCUCCAGGGUGGGACCUUCAGUUUUAUUACUCCCACUCUGGCCAUUCUCGCCCUGCCCAAGUGGCAAUGUCCUGCUUCGAAAACAUCUGUGAUGUUGCCGCUGCAGCAGCUGCAGAACAGCAGCAGCCAGCUGCACGUGGAAAACUCUGAUGAGAUCUGGAUGUCGAGGAUGCGAGAGGUAUGUGAGAUAGUGCUUGAUAAAGUUUUGUUUCUGUAAUGAAUCAGUGAAUUCAUCAAAAACACAAUAAAAUACCAAAGACAAGAGCUUAAACUUGGGAAAACUGGUGCACAGAGAGUUGAAACAAUCUCUGGUCCAUUGGCAUCUGUAAGAGGAACACACGGCUGGAAAAUAUUAACAGCUCACUUUUAGGGAGUGUGAGAAGUACGUGACUUCAACAGACAUCACCCAAAAAUUGGUGAAAGACAAAACAGUUCUGUUAUCAUGAAUCAAAUCUGCUCUUCCUCCGACGUCCAUUCCCACGGGCUUUGGACUUAAUUUUCACCAGAUUGUUAUUACAACCUUACAAUUUCAUUUAGCAGAUGUCUUUAUCCAAAGCAUCUGCUGAAUAAUUUUGCAACUAGGGCUUCAGGAUUAAUCGAUUUUUAAAUCGUAAUCAGAUUAUUUGAUUAUGAAGAUGUUAAAAAAUUUUAAAUUGUCAAAUCCAUUUUCCUCUCGAUCAUGUCUCGCGCCUCCAGGCCACUGUAGGCUCCCCCCUUUCUGCAGGAGCACUCCCCAGUUUCCACACACACCAGUGUAAACAAACAUGGCGUUUGCAAAAGAAGGCGAUAAUUUUGUGGCUAAAUAGGACAAGAGCGAGUCAGUCGUGUGGAAUUGGUAUGACUUCGCAGUUUCGAAUAAAGAUCAAACCACUCCCCGCUGCAAAGUCUGUCUGAAGGCGGUAUCAACCCGUCCACACGGAAAUGAAUUCAGGAGUAAACACAAAAGGCUUUUGUCGUAUCGCGGUUUCAUCCACGCGGAAACAGGUGACUGUAAGCGCCACUUUUUGAAAAUGGGUCAGAGAGUGCAUGAAUACGUAAACGACGACCGUUUCAUCUCAGUGUGGAUGUCUAUCUGCAUCUCUUAAAACAAUUAAAUGUGACACACAGCUUAACUCUUUUAUAGCGCCUGCAUGUGUCCGGCCAAAACAACCUUUAUACACAUGCUCCGUACUCUUCUUCUGUCUUUUGUGCAUUUCCUCGGCAGCGUUACAGCACCACUUACUGGCUCGGCAUAUGUACUACAUUGUUUUCUAUGGUUUCGUUUUGAGAGAUGAUAGAAAAACUUUUCAUUCUUAAAGUGAAGUUUGGUGAAAUUGUCACUGAACAAAAAAUCGAAAUCAAAAAUCGAGUUUUCAGAGAAAAAAAGAGGAGGAAUUUAUUUUCUGCCAAAAUCAUGCAGCCCUAAAUGCAACUAACGCAGAUUAUUGUGUACAGCUGACAUGUGUUUAGCAACAGAAGUGUUGAGUAAUAAAAAAGUAUAUAAAACUGUGAGAUGUUUGGGUGCUUUCCUGUGAUAUGUCCUGCUUUAACAUUUGUUUUUUUUGUUUAAUGUAAAUACCCGCCCCACUAUGGAUGAAAUUAGUCCCAGGCUCCAGACUGAAAUAGAACAAUUCCCUAAAAAGUGGUUAUAAAAUGUUUACCUCAGGUCAAACAAGAGCCAACUUCCUCGCAGAGACAGCAGAACGUCUCAUUAAAGCAAGAAAAGCGAGACCCUUCAACUCUGUUAAAAGGGCAAACGUGUGUGGAAACCCCUUUAAAUGUAGGUCCUGGUAAUUACGAGUCAUAGUAUCUUGUCUCUCCUAAGACGCCACAUUUGUAGUUUAAUUCUGAAAUAUUUGAUUUAUGUCCAGGUGGUCAAUUUAGAGUACAGAGUGCCUAAAGAGGCAGAGAAAAUAUACUCCCUUUGCUGGGUCAAAGUCCUGAAAGUCAAAUGCAACACAACCAAAUAAUAGAUCAUUUAAAAAGAACAAAGAUUUAAAAGAUACCCACCCACCCACCCAAGUUCCCUGAAAGUCUCUGACUCAGUAUUCACAGUUUAACCCAAAUCACAUCAAGUAUUUUCUUCCACACUUUUUGUCAGCAGGGAUUUGAGCAACUAAUGUGACUUUCCCCUUUUUGGCAACGUCUGCACCAGUGAUGUUUGUUUCAAUAGAGCGACUCGUGAAAACGAAUGAUAAUUACGCGACCACACCUUUACACAGCUCACAGGCUGAGAGAUUUAUGAAGUGCCUCAGCUCUGUGCUGGGUAUGUUCCAGCACUUGCACUUCAGCUUAAAAAUUAGUAAAUAUGUUUGACUUACAAUCAUGAAAAAAAACUUUUAAGACGAAAAAGAAAAAAAAAAGUCAUUACGGACCAUGCCUGUGCAGGUUGAAGAGGUUUCUUGUUACAUUUUCUUUUGCAAACUCGUCUACCGUAUCGUCAUAGGGAGGACUGCAGACGUGACAGUUGUCUAAAGGAUGAUCACUGACACCCUGUAUAAGGAGCUGGUUGCUCACAGAGCGCUGUAUCCAGGUACAUUCAUGGAAAAGUUGAAUGGAGGAAAAAAAAAAAAGUGGUAGGAAAAGGUGCACAAGCAACAGAGAAGACCGCAGCCUUGAGAGGAAUGUAAAACGAAGCCCAUUCAGGAAUUUGUGGGAGAUUCACAAGAGCGGACCGCUGAUGGAGUCAGUGCUUCAAGAGCCACCACACACAGACAGAUCCAGGACAUGGGCUUGAACCAGAGACACCGUUAGAGGAGUCUUAGCUGGGCUAAGAACAAAAAGAACUGGACUGAUGCUUCUGGAGGAUGAGAGGAGAGGUUGAGAUCCAGUGCUAAGCUUCCCCGGUCAAUGGGGGUCUGGGGAGCCGUGUCAUCUGCUGGUGUUGGUUUAUUGUGUUUUAUUAGUUCCAAGGUCUGCUCAGCUGUCCACCAGGAAGUUUUAAAGCCCUUCACUCUUCUCUCUGCUGACUAGCUUCAUGAAAAUACUGAUUUCACUUUCCAGCAAGACUUGGCACCUGCGCACACUGGGGAAAGUAUCCACACCUGGUUUAAGGACCAUGGUUGGCCAGCAAACUCACCUGACGAAGCGAGACACCGGACCCAACAAAGCAGAAGAAUGGAGGGUGGCUACCAUAGACUGUAUACAGAAUGGACGCCGUCUGCCCCCUCGCUGGGUGAAGCCACCCUGAGAACAGCACCCUCUGGUGACGGGCUGCAGUAUAGGUCAUAAAUCCCGCAUCCUCCAGGAAUCCCUAUGGACAAACCUUAGAAAUUAAUUACACAGAACAUAAAUGUUUCUCCCCCCCCUGGUUGCAAUGUUGACAUGUAGUUACUGUAAGACUGGUUUGUGCUCAAGUCCUAAAAGUUAUCAGGGGUUCAUGUUUUCCAGGACUGACUCUUGAUACAGCCUAUGGGCGUACAAAGAUUGCAUAACUCACCUGGGAGAUACGCCGUUUGAGCCGAGCGUCAUCACAGCGACUCUCUCGCCAAAUGCGUACAACACUACUGUGCAAGUGUUGGUUUUGGGAAGUGGAGAAAAUCAAAUCUGUAUACUGUGGAAGGCGGAGCCAAGUAGUCCAAAGUCUAUACAGUCUGUGGUGGCUACCAAACUGGCAAACUGGGCUCAUAACACCUUAGCAGAGCCGCAGACUGAUCGCCUCCAUGCUGUGCCACAUUGCUCCAGUAAUUUCUGCUGAGCCUUUCUUUGCACAGUGACACCAUGUACAUUUCUAGAUCAUUUGCUGCUGCAUGCAUGGAGAAAAAUUGCUACAAACAUCACUGGUACACUUACUUGGUCUCCUUUGAGUAGCAGAUUCUGGUCUAUGCAUCUCAAUUUCCCCCUCUUGCUUUGUUGUCCACAGAUCCAGGGAGCCAUCCUGGUGGCCUCUCUGCUCCAGAUCGUCCUCGGCCUUUCUGGGCUGGUGGGCUUUGUGUUGCAAUACAUAGGCCCACUGGCUAUAGCUCCAACUAUUAACCUCAUCGGUCUGUCACUGUUUAUCGAAGCUGGAAAGAAAUCUGGAGGUCACUGGGGAAUAGCUGCUCUGUGAGUAUAUUUCUCAAUAUAAAGUAAAUAUUGUGCAUAACACACGCAGACACAAUAUGUGGUUUAGUAAGCUGCAUGCAUAUGUAGAGUGGUAAUACAUUAAAGGACAAAACAAUCAGCAAACCUAGAUCAAGUUUCGGAUCGACAUUUUUCACUGUCAUGAUCGUAAAUGUUCUUUCCUGUUUACUAAACUUUUCUUCCCUCCACUGCUGAAAUCAUGUCCAACAUUUAAACCCAUCUCAUCCUUCUACUGCUGCUUAUGUUCCUCUUUACCUUUGCUUCUAUCUGGUCCAGCCCCCUGAAAUCAGUCCCCCCCCCCACCCCCCCCCACCACAUUUCCAGAUAAUGCAGUCUAAAGUCAUUACACAGAGUGAUCCUUGCGGGUUUUAAAAGGUUCAGCACAUCCACGUCCUGGUGCCAUAUAUGGAUGGUAAUCAGUCAUAUCCUUCUUAGCCUCAAUGCCUUGCCCCCUGCUCAGCAGUCACUGUACAGGAUAUCCAGCAGCUUACAGGAGCACGGAAAACAUCUUGUGGCCGUAAUUCAACCCAUCCCGUCUGUCACACUGCCAGUCAGUCAGGAGACACAGAACAAGGAAUAUGAAGUCCAUUACCAAAAACCGGAUCAGUACAAUCACUGUGGGAACUCCUUUUAUAACAACAAGUGUUUGUUGUUCGGCUGGAGUAAACACCGGAUUUGCAACAGCCCAUCAGCUGCUGCAAAUCCUUUCAGUCCGUAGACUGUAGACUAUAAAGAACAAGGACAGAAUGAUAUUGGUGUUAGAAAUCAUGACUCUACCCAACUUUACCACAGGCAAAAAGAGGUGGACCUGAGGCAAACAGCUACAAUUUACUUAUACAUUCAUAUAGGGCUGCAUAGCUGCAAAGAUAAACUCCUGAUUUUUUUUUUUUCUGUGACGAUUUUUGAUUUCGAUUUUUAAUUGAGUGACAACUUCCCCAAGCUUCACUUUAAUAAUAAUAAGUUUUUCUAUCAUCUCUUAAAAUGAAACCACUGAAAACGAUGUAGUGCAUACACCAAGCCAGUGAGUGGCGCUGUAACGCCGCAGAGGAAAUGCACAAAAGACAGAAGAAGAGUACAGGGCAUGCGUAUAAGGCGCCAUAAAUGCAGAAUAAAAGAGUUACGUUGUGUGUCACAUAAUCGUUUCAAGAGAUGCAGACAGACAUCCACAUGGAAAUGAAAUGGUUGUCGUUUACGGAUUUAUGCGCUCUCAAAAACUACCAUUUACAGUCACCAGAAACGCCAUUUCUGUGUGGAUGAAACGCCGAUACAACAAAAACUUCUGCGUUUUGUGUUCAGACAGACUUUGCAGCGGGGAGUGGUUUGCUCUUCGUCCGGAACUGUGAAGUCGUACCAAUUCCACACGACUGACUUACUCUUGACCUAUUUAGCCACGAAAUUAUCGCCUUCUUUUGCAAACGCCAUGUUUGUUUACACUGGUGUGGGCGGGAACCGGGUAGUGCUCCUGCAGGAACGGGGAGCCUACGGUGGCCUGGAAGAAUCAAUUUGAUGAUUUAAAUUUUUUUAACAUCGUCAUAAUCAAACAAUCCGAUUACGAUUUUUAAUUGAUUUACUGUGCAGCCCUAAUUCAUUCAAACAAUGACGUAAAUUAGUAUGUAACAAACUUAAGGAGCUAUCGCAUCUUUCCCUUAUUGAGACUCAGGCUGCUCAAAUAUUCUGUGAAAUAAUAAACAGUCUGAUUCCUACAGGUGUGGCGUGGAUGAAAAAUGUCAAUCAAAAGGACCCCCCACACCUGCAGCCCUCAGAAAAGGCCAAGACACCCACUCUGCUGCUCUCUAACAGACGUCUUUACUAAGAUGUAUGAAGAGUUGUUUCAGACAGACACUUUGGAUAAAACAUGUACAAUUACACCGCUUCCAACCAAACUUCCAGAGGCUAUAAAGUACAAGGAUAAAUGACAGGACCUGUUCUUUCCUCCAAAAGCUGCACACUCCUCUCUCAAAUGAAAUAUCGUGUCGGUUCUGAACUUUAUUCAUUCACAGCAGGCAGAGUUUUCACGCACAGCAUGAAGUGUUCCAGCGCAGCGAGAAAUGCCAUUCAGAGGCAGAGAACUACUGCGUAUUUUACUAUCCUCACAUUGGCGGCAUUGCCACACUUUCACUGUUACUUACUCCUAAUCCUUUCCACGAUGACAAGUAUCAUGUGGUUGUACAGGCUGUGUUAAAUUACAUGUUUUCACUUGCUCUGACUUCCCUCUGACUGUGAUGUAUGGGCAUGCCAUGCUUAAACACAAUUACACAAGUAGCUGUGAGUGAGGGCCAGGCCUCGGGGGAAACGAGUGUGAGUGACACGUUUCGCUCUGUCUUGUGUGUGUGUGUGUGUGUGUGUGUGUGUGUGUGUGUGUGUGUGUUUGUGUGUUUUUCCCACAGCACAGUCUGUCUGAUCCUCCUGUUCUCCCAGUAUCUCAGCAAAGUCAACGUCCCGAUGAUCGCAUACAAGGAUAAGAAGUGGAAAGUUUUCCAGUAUCCACUCUUCAAGCUCUUCUCUGUAAGUUUCAGACACUGUGCAGCUCUCAUACAUCCAGACAAAACAAAAAAAGCAUUAGAAUUGACAAUCUAUGCUCUCUAAUUAGGGCUGGGCGAUAUGGGAAAAAGUUUAUCACGAUAUAUUUUGUAUCAGUCGACAUUGAUGUGUAUCACGAUCAUAGACUAUAUAUAGAAUGGACGCCGUCUGCCUCCUCGCUGGGUGAAGCCACUUCGAGAACCGCACCCUCUGGUGACGGGCUGCAGUAUAGGCCUCCAGCAAUCCUUAUGGGACUGUGGAGAAACUAAAGUAUUUAAUUACACAGAAUAUAAAUGUUUCUCCCCCUGGUUGUGAUGUUGACAUGUAGUUACUGUAAGACUGGUUUGUGCUCAUGUCCUUUUUUUUCUGUGAAGCUCCGUUUUUAAAAGUUAUUAGGGGGUUCAUGUUUUCUAUGAUUGACACCUGAUACAGCCUGUGGGGGUACGAAGAUUGUGUAGCUCACCCAAGGGAUAUGCUGUUUGAGCUGAGCGUCAUCACAGCAACUCUUGGCGACUCUCCCGCCAAAUGCGUACACCGCUACUGCGCAAUGUUGGUUUCAGGGAGUGGAGAAAAAACGUGGAAUUACCGAGAGCAAUUCGGCUUCAAAUCCGUAUACUGGUGGAAGGCAGAACCAAGUUGUCCAUAGUAUAUACAGUCUAUGAUCAGGAUAUCAAAAAAAAAAAAACACUUGUCAAUCUUAAAUGUUCCUUGUUACUCUUAUAGAAAUUAACAUGUACUUUACAUAAUUUGCAGCGCAAAUUACUCUGCUUCAUGUCUGACCUCAAAAAAAUAAAAUUCCUCCACACCAACGACGUUUUUGUGCCAGUGUUGUCGACGAUGUCGUCAUCUGUCGAGCCUUCAUCUUCAUUUCUGCCGAGGAUAGCACUCAUUUUCUUUUUUCUUAACUGCAGUGCUGUCGGCCCCACGUGUUAAAGUGCUAUGUUUGCGUGUAGCUGCAGCCUGCUACGACACAGUUGUUUGCUACUUGGUUCUAAUUCAGCACAUGAUUGGUUUAACGCGAAGCGGACCGGGAGCAACUCCUCCUUUCAUUGACUAUUGGUAUAGUCUACAAAAAAUGGCAGAAUGCUGGCCAUCAAAGAGCAAAAGGACCAUGUUCAUUAUCGAUAUCGAGGGAAAUUAAAUUUUGAUGUAUAUCAUUUUCAUUUUAUCGCCCAGCCCUACCUCUAAAACUUUUUAUAUUUCUAUAUUUGCAUCAGAUCUGUACAAUAACAGGUAAAUUUACCGCAAUAAUUCGAUAGGUAGGUAACAUUUAUGAUGUUUUUUGUUCAACCAAACUGAACAUCUGGUAUCUGUGAUUUUAUCUGACCUGUGUGUGUGCAGGAAGUGUUGCUUUCUUCUGUACAUACCAGUAUAACAUAAUGUACAGUCCAUAAACAGGUUUGUUGGAGAUAAAGGGAUCCUCGCAGCGGGUUCCAUCCUCCAGGCCUGGAACAGGAAACCAUACUCAUGCAGAGUAAUUUGAUUAUGGGCCAAAAAAGAAGUUUGACUGUCUUUGAAGUCUGCACAGUACAAUAACUGUCUUGUGAGCCUGGCAAAGUGCUCUCUCUCUCUCUGUUCUCAUAGCUACUGACGACUAAAUAAUAGUAAAUGUGACUGAGAUUUAAAAAAGAAAAGAAAAAUCACUUACUUAAUGUCAGGAAUAUUAUGUUUCUGGAAAUUCUGCAUUCUUGUGGUACCCUGUGAGAAAAUUGAAGUCAACAAUGAAGAGAUUAGGAUUUGGUGGGUUCAGUGUGGCCCAGGAGACAUGGACUUUGUGCAGAAAGCCCUCCAUGAACCUGCAUUUUCUCUUAUGGUUACCUUCGGGGGUGCUUACCUUUCAUUGACAAGUCUUUUGGAAACAUUUGUCUGCUUCCCUUAAAACCAAGAAAAAUAAAGCAAUCCCCUUAAUCUUUAUUUACAGAGUCCACAUCAAAUGUACUCCGGGCCUGGAUUGUCAGCCUGGGAAUCUUCUGGUUCCCAUUUGUAGUGAGUCUGCAGUCCAAGUAGCAUCGAGCGGUCAUGUAUCAUCAGGCUUUGUUGUGUGCAGAAAAAUCUGUCCUGUUUUUUGCAAAAUAACAGCAGGUGUAGAUCAAAAUUUUAAACCAACCUUGUCGUGACUCCUGUUCGAGGAAGAAGAGGACCUUGAAAAAAUAAUCCUAAAAUUGAGGGGAAAAAAUCGCUGUUAGAUUAUUUUCCAAAAUCAUUCAGCCCACGUAUGUUCCAAGAUUGGUGAUGGCUUGAACCCACAAAACACCGGAUGUGGAGUCUAAAAACCACAUGGCGGCUUUGUCAACUUCUGCCUGAAAUCGAUGGUUUUCAGCCAUGACUCAGGACUUUAUUCCCCAAUCAUGAGAAAAUUAGAAAUGAAUGUCUAACAACAUUAAAACAAUAAACUGAUGAAGAGAGAUUAGAGGAGUGUGACCAUAUUUCACAGUUAUACUUCAGGCAUAUGUUUGUAAUAUUUGUUAGUAUCCACUGUUGGGAAUUCAAACUUCCUGCGCAGCUACAGUAUCGUCCACAUUUCAGGCAGUCACGGCUAUAAUCAGACUUUCCUGUAUUUUCCAAGAACAUAACAUUUGAAUCUGCUUUUUGUUUCCUUCAGCAAACUUGGACACUCAAAGAUUUACAACAUAAAACGACCAUCUGACCUCAAAACACUCAAAGUCAAAUCCAUUUUAUUGAGAUGAAAAGCCUGUCUCAAAAUCAAAACCAACAGAUUUAUAGGUUUUACAAUUCCUUAAGGGCAAACAUCAAAAUAAAGGAGAUUGAAUGAUUGUGACAAAAUUGACUGAUUCAUAUCGAAGUUUUCUCUCUGGCAAAUGUCUCUCAUACGCCAACACACUCCUAAUCACAUAACCCCGGCUCUAGUAAAGUUUGAACACACUGUAAAAAGUUAUUGUAACCGUAUUUGAUGGUUUAAAUGUCACUCAAACUCAAGAUGUCAUUUAAAAUCAGUGUAAGACAACAAAUCAAAUACUAAAACUGUUUUUUAUUGUGUUUUAAAACAGGCUCACUUUAAAUUUGACUGAAGCAGAAUGUUUAAAAAAAGUAAACGACAAAACACUGAAUAAAAAAGUGUAUUUUUAUUAAUAAAAAAAGAUUAACCCUGUGGUUCAGAAAGAUGUUUACACAGUGUCCUAACCUUUGGGAUCAGGGGUUGUAGAUACAUAUAUGACAUCUCCAGAAGACACAAAACGCGUUGGUCUUUUGUUCAUGUUCAUGUUAAGAGUUUUUGGGAGCCUUGCCUUUUGACUUGAGCAAACGUCAAAGUCCCCGGCGGGAUUAAAAGAGCCCCAUUUUUAAGCCCCUCAACUAUGACCCCCUGUGAUUACAGUUAUUAUCUGUCAGGCGGAGAUCGCCCCUGGUGACGGACACACACAAAGCAUUGUUUUCAUGUUUUUGAGCUUCUAUGUACCCAAAAGAUGGAUUUCAGUCAAGCACACAUGCUCUUUUUAACGUCCGCCCAUCUGCUUUACAUCAUCGCAAACUGAUGCUCUGACAAGCGUGACUCCAGUCCUUUACCGUCUGUCAAUCUAAAGCCGGUGGAUGCACGCGCGUCUUUGCGUGCAGAAGUUAUUUACAAGCGUGCCAAGAGAGCCACGUAUCAAGGAAAUGCGUAAGAGCCAAACUAAUAAUGGAAUGAAACUUUUUAAGUGGUUAAUGAAUAAAAGGGCAAAAAAAGAUUGAUUGUAUUAUCAAAAGAGAGAGAGAGAUAGAGUAUGCAGACAAACUGAUGAAUAUUAGAUUUAUGAAUUUGGAACAGACUACAGAGGAAAGUUUUGAAGAAUGAUUUGAAUGGGAUAUUGAUUCGUCAGUCAUAACCUCUCUGGCAGAAAUCUGGAAAUCUGGAGGCUGCAGCAACAAAUGAACAUUUUACUUCAAGUUAAAAAAAUAUAAUAAAAAGUAGCUUAAAAAGUGAGUUUCUUCAGUGUCGUAUCAAAUCAAAUUUCGCUGUCAGGCAAUCAUCGAUGAUUUUAUCUGAGUGGUUGUUAGAUUAGAUAAAAUAAGAUCAGAUUAGAUUAGAUUAAAUAGACUUGAUUAUUCCUUUUGGAAAGGCUCCCUCAGGAAAAUUAAAAUUCCAGCAGCAACAGUAUGUACAGAAAAAAACAGAAUUGUCAGAUAAGUAAGAUCUACAAAAAACUGAUAUAUAUAUAACAGUGUUUCCCCUUGCUUUUUUGCUUUGGUAAGGCGGGACGUAUUAAGCGGACAUACACCACCUCCGUAAGAUAUUUGUCUACGCCAUACGAGGUGGCGGAAGAUGAGCCAGCGCUGUUUUCGGGGCUGAGAGAGAAGCUUAAGCUAGCAUGCAUAAGAGACUAUGCAGCGUCCGCAUCACUAUGUACCGUCUUUUUGAAGAAUGCAGAUAUUUCCAGUUGGGGUGCUGAACGUUCGGUGACAGUUUUUAAUUGUUCUGUUGGUGGCAAACAUGAUGGAAAGGAACCAGAACCCCAGGUUGCCAAAACCAUCCUGCGCAAAACUGGCAGGUUAUAAGCCGCAAGCGCUCGCGACCAGAACACCAGAAUCAGUGGUAGUGACACGCUGCGCCUCUAACCACGCGGUGUGGCAUGUCAGCACGCAUUUGCUGUGAGAUAGAGAGAGGAGAGAUACAUUUUUUUUUUAAAGCUUUGGAGUCUUUCAUUGGCCGUUUUGAUAAAGAUAAGAAUUAAACGUUUAUAUUAAUUUACGACUUUAAUUUCUGGGUUGGGAUCUUGUUGGCAGGGUCGGGGCGAAACACUCUAUAAAGAAUAAAUAUAUAAUAAAACUUAAUUAAUUCAGUAUUUACAUAAAAAGUUAGAUAUUGAGGUAUUUGCUUAAUACUUUUGCUACUGCUGUUCCUUCCAAUCCUUCUAAAAGGUUAAGCAUCACUGUGGUGUGAUUUGUAUGAAUUGAUGCCAAAUGGUGUGUUAUGAUAUGAUAUAUUAUCAUAUGGUAUAAUAAGCUUCCAUAUGUGGAUGUGGUGUAAUGUUGUACUCUUGAUGUGGUCUUCUGUUAUUCGUUCUCUUUGGCACCCGGGGAGGCUAAAUGUAUUCAAACAGUCAUUCUGAAAACUUCUUGUGCCCAAAUGUAAAAACACUUUGGUAUAAUUAAAACAUAAUAUUAAAUAACCCAUUUGAAGGUCAGCUGGAGGGUUUUAUAACAGCAAGAGGCGCCGUAGAGACAUCAAUAAGAAACGGCUUUCUGUGUGAGUCCGCCAUGAGGAUGUUUUUCGUUUUUUGGUGUUUUAUUUGUUUUUGUUUUUUUCUUACUAAAUGUUAUUUAAAACUGUGAGGAAUGUGUUUCAGGAUGCAAAAGAAAGGCUGAGCCCCGGUGAAGGUUUGAAGGAAUGUCAAAAACAUAAAAAUGAAGACUUGUGAGUCAGUUUGACUGCAGGGUUUAAUCUUUGGAAUGUCUCAUGUACGGCAGAAUGACUCACUGCUUGUGAAAAAAAAAAACAGCAUUAUCUGCUCUCGCUCCCCUCCUAAAAGGCCUCCUGAUCUGAGAGCAAACAAAGUGAAGUUUUGACUUUCCAUUAGAAUUAAACGUCUAUCAUCAAAUGAAGCCGUGGAAUAAUAAAAUCCUGUGGUUUCUAGCAUUAAGGAAUGAAGCUGGUAAAGAAAAAGAGCCCACCUGCUUUAGAGAAGUACAAACAGUCCCCUGCCAAGUCACAUUCAUCAUUAAUUAACUUUGAGUAAGCAAUUUGAGUCACAGUGGAAACACGUCUGUCAAUAAAUACGACACCUAUGGAUCCCGCUCGAUUUAUCUUCCCUCUGGAUCCUCGGUAGAUAACGUCAAAAUAGAAAUCAAAGAGAUGUGGAAAGUAGAUUCUCUGCCCUCGAGCUACUGUUUGGCUUUCCUGUAAGAGUCACAUGUAGAAAGGAAGCAAACUCUUUGGUCCUGAAUAAUCCCUUUACAAACGCAAACACAAAUGUGCUGGAGGCAUGUUGUACAGAGAGACCAUAAAGUUAUUCAAUAAUGAAGAAAAAACGUGAUAGAGGUGGGAAACCUCACUAUGUCAUAUGAUGUUCCUUCGCAGACGGCUUUGCUCAUGAAAUCUAAUCCACGAGCCGAGGGCUCAGCUCGAGGCGGAAGAUUAAAUUGUUAUAAAGAGAGAUCGUCAUCGGCUUUUUACUGACUAGGAUCAUUGUUGGCAGACAGCUUUGGAUUUCCAGUCUUGAAAACAUGCGAGAAAAUCCUGUUGCGCUCAUAAAAGCAAACAUAUAAGUAAGGGUGGGCGAUAUGGAAAAAAAAUGUCAUAUUACAAUUUUAUUUUUGCAAAAUCACAAUCACAAUUUUAGGGUUACCCGGGAUUUCUGUUGCAUCCUGAAUGGCUCUGAUCUGGAACGGCAGUGAUUUUCGUCGUAUGCCAAUUCCUACACACACACACACACACAGCAGAGUGGAUGGACAGAGAAAAGAGAGGAAGCAGAUUCUGUAUUUUGUCCUUUUUUCGGCUGAUUUUUUCGCUACUGCAGUUACUUAUAACACAUGACUUCUGCGUGUAAAUUAAAAUGUGCUCUCUUAACUUCAAAAAUUUUGAUUUGAGAAGGCAAUAGAUUUAUUUCGACACAUGUAAGGGAUACGAUGCGCAUGACAGAUGGUUAUACGGUCUCUGUGCUUUGGCAGAUCGUCGUCACUUUUUAAUCCUUCAUGAUCAAAGAUCAUCAGAUCGCACGCCCCUACAUAUAAGCGCUAAAAUGUUGAGUCCAUUUUCUCCUCGCUCACUGAGUGUCUCCAUCUGUCCCUAACACACAGUCAGGGGACCUCCAUCAGCAAAUUAUGUAAUUGGCAAAGCACAGAUCAAUCCACAUAUCAGCCUGGGUUCAGAUUUUGAUUGAAGGGUACCAUAAAACUCUGAGCCUUAGUCAGAUUCAGUUUAUGUCUGUUUACAAAACCAAAAUCAAAUCUGUAGUUUGGGUAAAACUUGAUUUAAAUAAAUUACUUUUUAGUACGUCUUUGGUAUAAUAGCAUCCUUAAAAAAAAGUGUUCCAGUAAUAUCAGCGAUGGCUCAGAGGGGAGGUCAUUUCAGAGACCUUUGUCACCUGGUUUUCACCUCUUGCCGGCCUUUCAGGAGACGAGCUGCAGGUCCAGAGUUUAUUCACUCAUUAAGGAGAAUACAGAAUUAGGAUUGUGUUGUGCCUUGUCUUUGUAAAACAGUUAAAUCUGCUGAUCAGUUCGUCUGUGUUCACCCUGACUGAAGCGAGAAUCUCUCUGCUAGCUCGGACCUUAAAAGAUCACUCAAAAAGACUGGAUCUCUGCUUCUUUUCCUUCUAUUUCUAGGCUUUGUUCGGGAUGUGUGGAGCGUGGCUGGUCUGCUUCUUGCUCACCAUCUUUGACGUACUUCCCUCAAAGUCCAACGAGUACGGCUUUUCAGCUCGGACAGACAUCAGCCUGGACGCGGUGACAAACUCCCCCUGGUUCCACGUUCCCUACCCAGGUACGCACGUAAAAUCACCACACCACAAACGUUAAACACUAAAGAUGGACGGAUUUGAUCUGCAGAUUAUUAAACCGUUACCUUUCUGUCAAAGGUUGCAUGGCAACUUUGGGUGUUGUGGUUUCUAAUACUUUAUGAAAGUCAUUUGCCCGUCAUUAAUCUUCAAAUCUUUUGACGAACGGCCAAACCGCAAGCCAACAGAGGACAUUUUGUAGCUUCGCUCAAGGUUGCACAACUGCCCUUACGUGAACUCCUAAAUCGGUGAAGGAAAUUACAGUUAUUUGUUGAAUAACUUGAUGUCUAUCUCAUAAAAUCUUUAUACAUGUAACGGAAAAUAAAUCUAUUAAUAGAGCGCUUCGAAUUAAAGUUUUUCACUUGGACUCAUAGACCACGAGAAAUAUCUAAAAUAAAAACACGGCUGCACUUCAUUUUGCACGUUAACUGCAGCUUGUGGAGAGAGGACGGUAUUUGUUCUUUUGAGUCAUUCGGGGUCAGGAAGCCUCGUAAAAACAGACAUAUGGACACUGCAGGAUGUUUACGUGAAGCACGCUAUGUGUAACCGGUGUUUCAUCUUUGUGACAGCAAUUAAAGAAAUCAUAAUAAUGACCUUUAUUUAAGAAGAGAAUUUUAAAGGAGCAAUAAAAAAAGAGACGGUUCAUAAAGUCAAAACUAAAGGCAAAGGUUCAGACAUAAUAAGAUGAUUAAGAUAAAAACAGAUUGAGAGGGAUGUGAUAAUGAUCUAAAUAAAAGGAUGUACAUCUGAUAUAAAUGGACAAAAUUUAUGAAGACCUUCCGAAGGCGCUCUUUGAUAUGUUGCAGAUUUCAGAGAAACUACUGUAGGUUGAUUUGACAGUAAUUAUGAAGGAAUUCAUAAUCAAGUCUGCCGCUAAAAAGCUAUUUCCUGUAAUGUUGUUUUCUGUCAUGUGGAUAUCUGGGCUGUGUCAGAGUUAAUGCACUGCAGUAACAUUAUCAAAAAUUAAAGACUUCAUAAAGAGAAGUAAUUAUCGAUAUACAACAUGAAAAAAACUCAAGAUACUUUUACUUUAAUAAAAAGAGUAAGGGCUUUAGUGUAGAAAUCCAAUCCAUCACACUGUCUUACUGGAGUUAUCUAUCAUUUAAAGACCCACUCUGGUGAAAAUCAUGUUUUUCUUGUUGUCUACAUGUUCAUUUCUGAUGCUACAGGACACAUCAUGAGAAAACUAUAUUUGUAUUUCUGCAUUCACAUCUCUGUGAAUCUCUGGCAGACCUGAACAGCAGGUUCAGACACAGUGAGAUUUCCUAUGUCACAAAUCCAAGCUCCGGCCCCGGCCCCCUGCUCUGCAGACCAGACUCCGAGAAGUCGAUAAUGUUUGUGUGUUGGCGAAUUGCAAUGCUUGUAAGAAAGCUAAAUAUGAUAUUAAGUUUCAUCAUGUCCUUAAAGACAUUAGUGUCUGAGAGCUUAGUAGAUCCAUGUUACCUGCCACUUCUGCUGCACCGACAGUGUUAGGCUAGCUUAAAGAGGAGUGUGAAGAGCAGCGCUGCCUCCGCCCACGACUCAGAUGCAAAUUUUCCAAUGAGCAACUGGAGCUCUGCAGAAGAGAAGUCCUUGAAAAUGACACAGAGUUUGGCUGAAAACUUCAUAAUCAAGAUUUAAAGACCACUGAGAACACUUUGAAUAAUAAAGUUCGUCAACAUCUGCUGACUGUUUUUGGUACGGUUUUGUCUUUCCACACACUCUCAGUUAUUAACCGUUUUAUUGUACUUUACUGGCCUGAUCUUUACUUCCUGCCCUCACUGUUCAGCUUCUGCCGCCAACUUUCUUUCCCUUACAGACAAACUCAAUGGCUGCACCCUGUGAUUACUGCCCAACGUCAUGUGUUGUCUCCUACUUACAGAAACUGCCACUAAACUUUUCAACACCUUGUAAAGGUGCCAGGAAUACCGGCCAUAUAACAGACUUACCUCAACUGUGACAGAAAAGGCCCCAAUGAUCUCUGCAGACAAUGAGCCUGAUGAGUCUCCGUUUACCAAGCGGUUUAGGCUCUUGGAUUCUGGUCGCACAUAAAAGUAUGAACAAGAAUUCAGUGCUAUUCUCCUUCAUGCUCCACAUGUUCCUGUAAGUCGGCCUUCUUUUCCUCACACUUUCCCAGAUCAUCCACUGCCCACAGCCACAGCCCUUACUCACCUUAUGCUAACCUGUUGUCAGUGCACCCGCUCCAUCAGUCUUCUUCUUUCUUUGACUCAGUCCAUGCGGACAAGUUCAGAACAUUCUGGUCUCAAAGGUCUCUUCAGCCUGAUGUAAUUAUCCCACAAACUCUGUGUGCUAAACAGGCACUUUUGUUUCCUGUACUGCAUCUCUGAAGUUCUCAAGUGAGGUUUCUAAUCACUUUACUAACCGUUGUAUCAUGGCUCUCAACUCUUCUGCCAGACUCAUUUUUGGUCAAUUGAGCAUGUCCUUCUUUUUUAAUGUCAAACUACUUUGAGUCUUUUAUUUAAUAACAGCUGUUAAACAAAUUAUAAUAAUUUAAUUAGAGUAAGUUAUUAAAGUAGAAACAGGAAGUGACAUUUGAAAAUCUAAUACUUAAAUCUGCGGGUUUUAUUUAACCUUGCAUGAACUGGUGGAUUUUGAUGCACUGAAGUCAUACUAUGAAAACAACUCCACAGAAUCACAUAUAAAAUUUAUUACCAUGCUACAAGUAUUUCAGACUUUCAAACCGAUGCUUUAGGAUGUAUUAAGACAAUACAAGGCACUAUCAAUUAUGUGCGUAUUUGUGCGUCAAGAUGCGUUAAGAUAAGAAGAACUUUAUUUAUCCCUGAGGGGAAAUUCGACUUUAGUACGUGCAUGCAUUUUUACGAUGCUCAGUGAUAAAAUAAGGCACGAAAGAUGCUGUUGUUUGAAAUCUUAUCACUAUAGAAACCUUCAUUAGUGAGUCUGGUCUAAAAAAAAAAACGGUAUAUUACUGUGUUUUAAACUUAUUUUUCAGAUAUACUUGAGGUGAGCUUUGGAUAACCAUACAACCUCACUUUUGGGGGAAAAAUAUGUCCUGCAAUGACAUGCAUAUACAAUAACACCAACAAAUACUUUAACAUAUGAUUCACAGUACAGUGCCGGGGGACAAAUCAGACACAUGCCAACUGGGUUUUAUUGUACAAUCCAUACAAUCUGGCAUGUAGAAGUGAUAAUAUGCAUCUGUGUAUAAAUGCAUAAGCACUUACAUGUUCUUAUGGGUGCGACCAUAUUUUCAUUUGAGCUUUAAGUCAGCAACAACCUCCUAAAGAAAGUUUUUAGAAGCUGGAAAAAGCUGUCUUGCCUUCUUCAUCAAAGUUGUAGUGACCAAGAAAAAUGAUUUAAUUCCAGGAAAAAUACAACAUCUCCUUGCUCAAGGCUAACAAAACAGAGUAAUUUUGUAACAGGGGCAUCUUGUACACCCAUAUUUCCAAGUAUUGGCCCUUGGUGACAUCUUUAAUUUGCUUUUUGGUCCCUGCCACCAGAGAUGCAUGAAGAGGCACAAGGAAACUACUUGAGAAUCUGCUGUCAAUGAUCACCUAAUUACAUGAAUAUGAUCGUAAACCACAUCAAUAAAGCAACAACCAUAGCCACUAAAAGUGUGUACAAGUGCAAACCCACAAACUGAAACAGAUCCACUCAAUAAAGACAAUACUACAAACAGGUCAGUACGUAUAUAUUGAUGUAUAUCGUCGCUGACCGAUGGAAAGACAUUUCCAGUAUCUCCAUUGGGUGCCAGAAGUGUGAACAAAGCAUGUAUCUCCGCCCCGGCCCUGAGUUGUUAUGUCAGCAAACAGACUUCACACUGUGACAGACUCAUUACAGUCCAGGGUAUUGCUACACUAAUGUCCUCACAUCAACUGAUGCCAACCUAAAACUUUUUUCUAACCAUGACAGUGUUGCUUAACUGUACGUUAGAUUUCUUGAGCCGAAGUUCAUCCCCAGCUGCUGCUGUUUUCUCUCUCACACUCGGUUGUGAGAGUGGAAAUUUAGGACAGCCUGCUGUGAAUAGUUUAUCGACAUAGAGGGAAUUAAACAGGAUACUCAAAGCUCAUAAAUAACCGAACGUCAUUGGAGCACAUUAUUUAAAAAACAAACAAACACGUAUGUCCAUUACUACUCACAAUGCAAAGCACGCAAGUCCAUUUAAAGUAUCAAACAAGUCACUGAUGACUGUAUAAAUAUAGAUUUUGAUUUUAGGUCCUAAUUGUAUCAAAUUACAGUGUUUUGGGUUUAUUGUGUGAGAUUGUUUAUGAAUUAAAUUGAUUUUGAAUGUUCCAGAAGAAAAAGAAUUUUGGAGAUACAUGUUUUUUAUUGGACAGCGACUAUAAGUGCGUGUAUAUAUAUUAAGUUUAUACAGUAAUCUCUCAGGUUGAUGAGUCCCUGCCAGAAACUCAUUACUGAGCAGCCAUGUUUGGAGCUGCUGUUAGUUUUAACAGCAAGAGGAAGCCACCUACCCGCAUUCAGUCAUUAAUUCAUUCAAGAAGGAUUAUGUUUUCUAGAAAGUCUGACUUCUGCUGUGACUGCUUGAGUUCAGGCAACUAUAGGGGAAUAUUAUAUAUGAAGGCGUCAUAUAAUCGCACCACGCGACUUGUAAAUAGUCACUGUUUGUUUUCGCGGAUGCUAAAGUGUACCCACUCUCUUCCCGUAGGUCAAUGGGGCGUGCCGACGGUGAGCGUGUCUUCUGUAUUGGGCAUGAUGGCCGGUGUCCUGGCAUCGACCAUGGAAUCGAUCGGUGAUUAUUACGCCUGUGCACGCUUGUCCGGUGCUCCUCCUCCACCCACUCAUGCAAUAAACCGAGGUAUCGCCGUGGAGGGGAUCGGUUGCAUCCUGGCUGCACUGUGGGGAACAGGAAAUGGCACCACAUCCUACAGUCAAAACAUCGCAGCACUUGGCAUAACAAAGGUACCCACCAGAAGUGUUUGAUCCUGUGUCGUAGGACUUUGUUAACAUACAGUCACGGUUUUCUUGAGGACGAAUCCCUGAUCCAUGUGGACCACAACAGGACUUGUGGCCAAAAUGGCUUUCGAAAAAAGCCCGCAAUUGGGCAAUAACAUCCGUGUGCUUGCCAAAUAUUGACAUUGGGACCGUGAGCAUGUUUAAUAUUGGAUUGCAUUACCUCUUCUCUCUAUAACCCUUGCUAUAUGUUUGGGAACAGAGGAGACCAGUGUCUGAAGUGUUGAAAUAAGAAAAGUCGACCCAGUCUUGCUUUGUAUCAGAUAUCAAGUGCAAAACAGUAUAGAGUCUGGUUGGACAUGGCCUUCAGUACAUGAUGUGCUCCAGUUAUUUAAUGGAUGACAAGUAAAAACAGCAGGCAGGCCAGUUUGCACCCAUACUCUUUUACUUCAGUAUUUAUGAGCAUAUGGGGUCGAUAAAAUAUAUACGGGCUUCUCUGUGAAAAAGCAUUGUCUGAAUAGAAGCACAUGUUAAGUAUGAUAGAUACUAUCCCAGAUGUGUAAGCCAUACAAACCAUGGGCACUUAGGUAUUUGCAUUAUAAUUAGGUUUGUUUGCCCAUGAAAUGUGCGCACAGGACAGGCGAUCCCUAACCUCUUUAGAGCCAAGGAUGCAGCAUCCAUAAUUUCCAUAAGAAUGGCAUUUUUACCUCCGCCAAGGAGGUUAUGUUUUCAGUAGCGUUGGUUUGUUUGUUUGUUUGUCUGUGAACAACUUUACGGAGAAAGUUACAGACGGAUUGACCUGAAAUUUUCACCAGAGUUGCGUCUCAGCCCUAGAACGAUCCCAUCAAAUUUUGGUGGUGAUCCGGACAAAAUUCUGGAUACUGUGAUCCAGAACACACAAAAAUAAGGGUGUCGUUGGAAUUUUCAAUGCUGAAAGAUAAGCAAUGGGCGGCACAGUGGUGUAGAUAGGUGGCACAGUGGUGUAGAUAGGCAGCACAGUGGUGUAGUGGCUAGCACUGUCGCCUCACAAUCAGAAGGUCCUGGGUUCAAAUCCCUGUCAGGGCAUUUCUUGUUUAAGGGGGGACGUGAGCUGCUUGGCGCAGGUCUGCGCUCUCCGAGUGCUUUUCUAGUUAUAUUUGUUACACUCCUGGACAGGGAUUGACUUUUUGCUUACACAGUCUUUGACAGAGUGGUGGACUUUUACUUCUGAGGGCCUCAGCCACCUCUUUCAUAUUGACCUAACUUCAAUUAAGAAAUGAAGAUACAUUCUGUCACUGAGACGAUGUGACUUGGGCUUUACUGUAGGGCUGGGCGAUAAACUGAAAAUUUACUGAUAGCGAAAUUUACGACUAUAACCAACAUCAUUUUGCCCAUGUAAAUACAUUUGGUGUCAAAAAUAAAUAAAUAAAUAAAGUUAGUUUUGGAUGUGUGUAGGUAGGCUAUGGUCUCAUGUCCCUUUUAAGAUGCUGUCCUACGUCAGAGACGUGACUCCACCCCAUCCAGUCUGUAACAAAGAGGGAAAGACAGGUGAGGAGAUGGAGGACGGUUCAAAAGUUGUAGCGGCUGGAGCGACGAGUAGUUAUCGUCCAUUUAUCGUUAUCAAGGUGAACUGCUCAAUAUAUCGUGAUAUUGGUUUUAGGUCGUAUCACCCAGCCCUACUUUACAGAGAGAUAGGGUGGUGAAAGGGUGUCUUCUUUAGCCCGCAGCACAGUCUAUGCCCCUUUGGAGUGCAAAUGGAUAGGGCAACGCAUGUUGAUCUGCAGAAAAAGAAUGCUUGAUUUGAAAAGACAGCAGCGAACAAGAGAGGAAGGAUCCCUGCUGUCUGCGUUCCACAUGGCUCAGAGCAAACUCAUCAGCUAGAGUAGCAGCCUCCUGCAGAGAAGUUAAUCAAACUCAACUAGGAUGUACUCGGGUUCACAGUUUUUAAGUUCCUCUUGAAGAAUGAGGUUGCACAUCGCAGCUAAAUCCUCAUCAUUGAUUGAAUAAGACCUCCUUUUCCUUCACAGAGUCAGUACAUGGCUGAUCAAGCCCUUUUCUGCCUGUAAGCUUCAGGCACACCCUCAAAGGACCUGAGGAUGGUACUUUUUACCUUUGUUGUAGUCCAGGCUGUCCUCUAAACAGAGUGAAGAGCAAGCCUCCUGGGCCUUACCUGAUAGUCCCGUAUGAGUUGUUGUUUUUAAUUCUGUGUUUGACUUAAAGACCCACUCCGGUGAAAAUCUUUUUUUUCUCUCUGAUGUAUUUUUCUGAUGCUACAGGACAUAUCAUGAGAAAACUAUAUUUGUAUUCCUGCAUUCAAAUCGCUGUGAAUCUCUGGCAGACCCAAACGGCAGAUUCAGAUAUGGUGAGAUUUCCUACGUCACCAAUCCAAGCUCCGCCCCCAGAGCCUCGCCAUGCAGGCCAGACUCGGAGAAAUAGAGAAGGACGAUUGUGCGUUAGUGGAUUGCAAUGCUUGUAAAAAAAGCUAAUUAUAUUAACUUUCAUCAUGUCCCUAAAGACAUUAGAGUCUGAGAGCAGAAUAGCUCCUAUGUUACCUGCUUCUUCUGCAUCACCGGCAAUGUUAGGCUAUUACAAGCUAGCAUGAAGAGGAGUGUGCAGAGCAGCGCUGUCUCCGCCCACAACUCAGAGGCGAAUUGCUAAUGAGCUACUGGAACUCCGCAGAAGAAAGUUUUUGGAAACAACACAGAAAAUUUGAUUUUGGCAAAAAAUUUUAUAAUCACCAUUUAAAAACCACUGAGAACACUUUAAGUAGUAUAACAAACUGAUCGGAGUGGGACUUUAAUACAACAUUUUAAUAACGCUAUCAUAUCGAUUUAAAUUGAUGUUUUAAUUAUUUGCAAAUAUCAACUUUUUUGUGUGUGUCCCAAGUUUCUAAAGUAGUGAAAAGUCAACCCAGUCCUGCUUUGUAUCAGACAUUGAUUUCUCAAUAGUAAGGGGUCUCAUCUGACAUGGCCUUCAGUACAUGAUGUGCUCCAGUUAUUUAAUGGAUGACAAGUAAAAACAGCAGGCGGGCCAGUUUGAACCCAUACUCUUUUACUUCAGUAUUUAUGAGCAUAUGGGGUUGAUAAAAAAAAAAAAAAAGAUCUUCUUGAUGAAAAAGCAUCGUAAGCACAUGCCUAACCUGACAAUCCUAUAUGAGUAGUUGAUUUUGAUUUUGAUACAACACAAAAAUGUAAUAAUCCUAAACUAACAAAACUUUUUCUUCCAGAAUUCCAACUUUUUUUUAAAAACUUUUUUGUUUAAGAAUAAAUGAUACUGACAAAAUGACAGCGUCAUACAGUUAAUGCGGUUCAAAGGCACCUGUGAUCACCUCCGAAUGUUCACGCUGUAACCCUUUCAGUAUGAACCAUGAGUUAACCAUGUCAGAGUCCGCCCGUGUGUGGGUUCUAUUCAGGCCUGGACCGUUUACAUCAUCCUGACAAGCUAAUGCGUGCCCCCGGUAAAGUGCCAUCAGGGUUACCUUCCUUUUAACUCUUCGCUUUGAAGAUCCAGCUGUCUCUGCUUGGAGUCAAAGAAAACUCAACUGGACUUAAGAGAGCUUAACAUCUCAAGGGUCAUAAGAGAGGAGAGCUUUGUGAGCUCCAAGCAUCAAUACAUUUGUACUCUGUAGAUGUGAAGAUGAAGUGAUAAAACUGAGGAUGUAAUCAGAUUUAAGUGAUCAAACACUUUCCGAGUCGAGUAGGUUUAUUUUUCAAAGUUUUUCAGCCUGCUUGAUGGCAACUGUGAUUGUCAUGCUAAUUCCACACUCAACCCACAGUCACACUGUUAGAGCAUGUGACAUACUGUAGUGCUCCUGCACAUGUGAUGCACACAGUUAUGUACUCAGCGCCCAGAGGAGGUGAAAGAGGACAGACUCGGUGACUUUUAAAACCCAUAAAUCACGCUGAUUUACAGGGCUUACAUGUCUUUCUGGCUGAGGCCUUUGAAAGCUAGGUGGCGCUUCACCAGAAACCGAAAUGCUUUGACUUUUACUAUAACUUGUAAAAAUCAAAUUGUUUGCCUCCCCGAGAUCUCUUUUUAAGGGUUUGAUGCACCAGAUAUUUUCAGUGGAUGCCAAGUCAAAACUCCUAUAAAACAUUCAGUUAUUAGCUGUGAGCACUUCCGCCUCCCUCUCCCACUAUCACAGAUGUCGGCUUUCGAACCGGACCAUGAUCUGUGUCCUCUUAAGAGCAGAAGACAUUUACGAAAAGGUUUCAUUUGAUUUGACAUACCACAGGGCAGUAAAUCUCCUCACUUUAGUCCGUCUUAAAUGGGUUUGGGCCAAGAGAGGUCACCAGUGUCUCUGGAUCGUGUUCAUGUGCUUUUCAUUGAACUUGAUACAGAUUUAACCUGUGUUUUUACAUAAAUCUGUCACAGAUGAUGGACUUGGAUGUCUGUUUUUGAUGCAGUGUCACCCCGGAGGCCCUAAGAUCACAGCUUGUUUCAGCCUCGUCUCUUCUUUAUGCCGACAUACUGUAGAUGGUGGAAACCUCAGUUUCUCAGUUACACAUUAUUCUAAAGUAGUUAAGCUUUCUCAGGGUGGUGAACGUCUUCCUAAAUGCUCUUUUUACACCCAAUCAAACCACAAAUCUGUUGCAAGUUAACCUGGCUAGUUAGAAGGUUUUCCUCCAGGUGUGUCUUUUUUAGCCUCCCACAGCUUGAAUUUAGGGCUGCGAGAUUAAUCAUUUUUAAAUUGUAAUCGGAUUAUUUGAUUAUGAAGAUGUUAAAACAAUUUAAAUCAUCAAAUCGAUUUUCCUCUCUGUCAUGUCUCGCGCCUCCAGGCCACCGUAGACUUCCCCUUCCUGUGAGAGCGCUCCCCAGUUCCCAUACACACCAGUGUAAACAAACAUGGUGUUUGCAAAAGAAGGCGAUAAUUUCGUGGCUAAAUAGGACAAGAGCGAGUCAGUCGUAUGGAAUUGGUACGGCUUCGCUGUUUCAUAUGAAGAGCAAACCACUCCCCGCUGCAAAGUCUGUCUGAAAGCGGUAUCAACCCGUCCACAUGGAACGAAUUCAGGAGUGAACGCAAAAGUUAUUCGUUGCCUUAUCCAUGUGGAAACGGCGUUUUGUGUAACUGUAAACUGUACUUUUUGAAAACGGGUCAGAGAGUGCAUACAUCUGCCAACGACUACCAUUUCAUCUCCGUGUGGAUGUCUAUCUGCAUCUCUUGAAAUGAUUGUGUAACAUAUAGCGUAACUCUUUUGUGGCGCCUGCACGUGUAUCACCAAAACAACCUUUAUAUGCACACUCUGUACUCUUCUUCUUCUGUCUUUUGUGCUUUUCCUGUGCAGCGUUACAGCACAACUUAAUGUAGUGUAUCUUCCAAGCCAGUGUUUUCAGUGGUUUUGUUUUCAGAGAUGAUAGUAAAACUUAUUAUUUAAGUGAAGUUUGGUGAUGUUGUCACUAAAAAAAAAAGUCGAUUUUUCAGAGAAAAAAAUCUGGAUUUCAUUUUUGGCCAAAAUCGUGCAGCCCUACUUGAACCGUGUUUCAUUGUCCUCGUCCCGACUUAUUCAAAACAUGUUGCUGCUAUCAAAGUCAAAAUGAGCGUGUCUUUUAUGAAACAAUGAAAUGAAUCAGUUUUUAAAUUUGGCACGUUCACUACUUUGACUCAAAUAAAGGGUUUACAAACCUUUGCAAAAAAAUGUUUAGUGUCAUAACUUCUUUAUUGUGUAGGAUUGUUUCAGAGAAGAGGAAAAAGCACAAUUUUUAUGAAUAAGGGAAGUUAAACCAUCUGUUUACCACUUUCUUCUUACGAGACAGACCCACGGAUGUUAAACGCCUCGUUAAUAUGAUGAUAUGAUUCAAAACAUAAAGACACAAAAAUAUUAAAAAUGUCAAUUAUAAGAUAUUAAAAAAAUCAUUAUUAUAGGAUGAUUGCAUCAUUUUUGGUCUUGUUUUAAAUCUUAUUCAGUACGACUUUUUGUCUUCUAAUAAAAACCUCUUAAACCGAACCACACGUUUGACUGAGAUACUUUUGGUGCCCAUUCACAUAACACUGAGGAAAACAGGAUGCUUUCUGUUGUGGGAAUCCCUGACAACUUUCCCUGUAACAGGCUAACUCUGUAACAAACAGUACACUAUUUGCAUCUCCAUGGACGGUAUGUGAAAAGUAUAUGGUACUGAGCUGAGCUGUGUCAGUUUGAUGUAUUGAAGCCUGUUUAAAAUAACAGCCUGUCCUUGUAAAGCAGAUUAAAGCCAAUGCUGCCGCUGUGUGUUUUUAUCUGCCCGGCAGACUUUCUUUUUUGUCCUGCUGUCUUGUAUUAGCCUCCAAAUAAAUAACUCCGUGUAAUCACAAAUGGCAAUAAUGGUGUCUCUGUGAGAGUUUAAGGAUGUGUGUAAGGGCUUUUCUCCUAAAACGCUUUCUUCUGAAAACAAAGCUGGCAUGCUGGAAAUGAUGGAUAAACCCGUCGUGUAUGACUCCCUGUGGUCUUUUUUUUUUUUAAUGUUGUUGCCAGGUUGGAAGCAGACUGGUUCUCCAAACGACUGGCAUUCUGAUGAUCGUCUUGGGAAUCUUUGGGAAAUUUGGAGCUGUUUUUAUCACCAUCCCUGACCCGGUCAUCGGGGGCAUGUUUCUUGUGAUGUUUGGAAUGAUUGCAGCGGUGGGAAUUUCCAACCUCCAGGUAAACAGGGUGCAGGAUUGUAAAUGUCAGAUUUUAUUUUUGUGGAAACUGGAACGACAAGUGACUGCCAGUGAAACUUCUCCUUCUUUGAGAACUGUAUGAUACAGCAAAUCUUCACUCAUAUAGAAGGUUUUCAUCACUUAGUGUAAUGAAAAUACACAAGGGUGCUGCUGUACAGGGAGCCAAAUUCCAUAAUGAAUAAUAGAGCCAAAACAGACAAUCAAACGUCAAACAGAAAAUUGUAUUGAGUGCUUUCAGAUUUGUGUCUUUUGUCGUGAGAUUUCAUGGCAUCAGAUGAUGUAAUAUCCAAACAAAGUUAAGGUUAUUUUUAAACUGAAAAGCAAUGAGCUCAUUCAGUCUCCUACAGGAUGUUGUUCCUGUCUAAACUUCUCAAAAAACACAAAAGUUUAAAAUGACCAUACAAUCAAGUUUCCACUUUUAUCAUCUGGUAUGUUGUCUUUUCACUAAAGUCAAACAUAUAUAGAAAUUAAAUGAUGUGCAUCCCUCAUUAUUGGGCUUUUUUUUAAACGAAACUUCUUGACCAAACUUUGCUGCCAAAGUUUGAUGUGUGGAAACAUGAAAUUAAAAUAAUUGUGUCCAGCACAAAGUUUUGUUUCAGACAAAAUGUUUUAGCUUUGAAAAAUAACACUCUGUUCUAGUUUGAUUAAUGUUUUCUGCAUGUGAACAAUAAAACUGUCGGGGGAUGUGAUUUGAAGCAGCAGAAAUUCAAGGGAAAAUGAGAAAACUGUACUCAGAAUAAAUAAAUCAUCUCUAUUUACCUAAGCCUCAGAAAUAUCUGUAAAUCAUAAGAAGACAUAGAUACAGUUUGACUCAUAAGAGGCCAUAUCACUGUGAGAAAGGACUGAUGUCAUUACAUUAGUAAAAAUUCCAAACCUGAUACUGUUUUGCCUUCAUGCUUCAUUGAUUACUUUGUUUUUGUUGAGAAGCAGCAGCUCCAUGAAAGACUCUGUUACAGCUGUCUGAAGCGGGGUACACACAUAAAGAGAAUCAAGCUGUUUUUGUCCAGAUUUUCCCUCUCCUGACCAAGGACGACAAUCGGAAGAUCAUCGUAUAUCUUCAAAGAUUAUCCUAUAAGAUUAUCCUGUGGUCUGAGGUGUAUUAAGAGUGAAUUUGUCCCGAUAUUUGGGUCUGAAACGAGUCGAGGCCGACAAUCAUAAAUAUUAAACUUGUUCAAUAUUUACGACCAAGAAUCUUCAUGUGUGUGGGGAAAGCCGACGACUCCUGAAUCAUGACUCCUUGAAUUGUCGCGUGAAACAGAAUGUAGCCAAUCAAGAAGCGAUCUGACUGAGGAACAAGGAACCAAAUAAAGCGAAUAAAAAUAAAGCAUGGCCUUAAACACACUUAGCUUAAUUUGAGAACAACUCAUGUCUAGCUCCGCGUUCACGCUGCCUCCAGGAUUUUUUUCCACAGUCUUUUCAUUUUUUUAAGUUAAAGAUUUUCCGUCAAAAAAUACUCCUCAAACCACCAUCGUUCCCUCCUCUUGUGUGUCCUCUUCCAUGUUUGGUUUUGUGUUUCCUGGUUGUUGCUACGUUUCUUCUUCUUCGUUUUUGUUAAUUAUGUUUUAUCAUGUGAGAUUUCUGUCUUGGAGGACUAGAUUCUAGAUCGCUGGUGGAACAGAAUCGCUCUGUGUGUGGUGUGCUGUGUUGAGAUUAUCGGAGCAAUCACACAGAGUACGAUCAAAACUGUUCAAUGCCUGAUUUUUCAUCUUCAUGUGUGGGGUCUGUAACAGAUAAAAAUUCUCUUACGAUUUUAAAAAAUCCUUAUGUGUGCUCCCCGCUUUAUGUAGUUGCUGCAGUUUAUUCCCACCAAACAUCUGACGUCAUCUACACGUCUUUUUUCAGGGUAAAUCACAUCAGCCAAUCAUGGCCGUAAUUUAGCCCAAAAAAAGGCGCUGAAAACUAGGGCUGUAAAGUUCUAGUCGACUGGUUGACUUAUUAGUUGAUACGUGCUGAGGCGACAGAAAGUUCUGAUUGGUCGACCCCUUUUAUUUCGGCGUCAAUUUACAGUCUACGGUUAAUUUAAUCAGGAGGAACGUACCAAGUGCUAAUGGGGGUGUUUUCAGAGCACCCCGUUUCACAGGUAACAGCCUGUCUCAGAACACCCCCCUUCUUUUCACCAUUUUGGAUUCACCCAACCCACAUGUUAAUCAACGUCCGGUGGUUUGUUUAAUAUAAUAUUUGUGUUUAAUUGCCUUCUUGUGCUGAUUUCAGUAUAUUUUCACCCCGCCGUGCCAUGCUCCGCUGAGGCAUGUCGUCCCCUGUUGUGAUUACAGCCCUUUUUAAACUUGGCUUCAUUUAGACAGUCUGAUUUGAUCCUAAUUCAGCCCAAAAAGAGACGUUGAAAUCUGGGCUUUAUUUAGACGCUCUGAAUCUAGACGUUGUUUAGACCUGUGGUGAAGACGUCUCUUCAACCACUUUUUGCUGGGUGGGUUAUGUCUCUUAUGCUUUUUACCAAAAAUAAGUGCUUUAUAGAUUUUGCAGAGAAUGAAGAUGCAAAAUGCUGGUAUCCAAAAGACUAUGAAGAGAAAUGAAAGCCCAAAAAAGCCUAGAUAGAUUUAGAGUCGAUUUUGUGUGACCCCUGCAGACAAAGUGUUCCCUUUCACGUCUUUGCCGGUCCUGUCCCUUGCAUAUCUACCGAUGAUUUGUCAAAAGUUUUCCCCUCCGCUGCCUUUAAAUUGUCAAAGGUAUCAUUUAGGAAACUUCAGGAAAAUAUCAUCAAAGACACCGCUCAUCUUUGUGCUUUAUAUAUUUUUUCCGUGGGCAGCAGUCCCAGAUUUGGUCACAUGUAUUCCUGAUAGGCUUGAUCGCCGUUCUAGAUCAUAAAAAGUAAUCGGCAUCAACUAAAGUCUGUUUCAUUAUCGGUUACAGAGGCUUUAUUCAGUCUGGUAUAGUUUUUCUUGUCCUGACAUGGUGAAAUACAGACACAGGUUUCUUUGAGGAUGAACCACAAAGUGAUUUAAGAGUUGGUUGUUUCUUUCCCUCUGCAGUAUGUGGACCUCAACUCAUCUCGUAACCUCCUCAUUCUUGGUUUCUCAACCUUCAGCGGCCUCGUUUUACCGUCCUGGUUUCACUCCAACCCUGGCAUAAUUGACACAGGUAAACAUUUACUUAUGCUCACACACACACACCAUGGUUGAUUGUGAAAGUAUAAUUUUAUCACAAAUUGAAACUACAUUACUAACUUAAUAGGUGUAGCUAAACCCCAGCCAGACAACGAUGAAGUGUACUGAUGUUCUCUGUUUUCUUUUUAAUUACGUUCAACCUAAACAUUGUAUUUAAACUCCUUUCCAGUCAACUCCUCAGUAACACCGUAAAAGCUAAAAGCUAUGAAAAUACAGACAAUUAAAAAUUUACAAAAUUAAAAAAAACCUUCAGCUGUAACAAAACACUAACGAGUGCAGCUCUUAGCAUGCACGUGACAGCUAAUCAUUAGAAACUAGCGAGACAGAAACCUAUUAGAGAGGAAUUUGUUUGGGUACUGAGAACCAGUUCCUAUUUGGAACGGUACCUAACGUCCGGCUCUGACAUUGUUAAGCAAAUUUUUGAAUUUCUAUUCUUUUUUACGGUUCUGAGCGCACGCACUAGUUUGUUUUCGGGGCGUGAAUCACUCCACUCAGCAUUCUCUGUGCUUUCGCUGGCAAGAACAUCACUCGUCUGAACAUGGGCCGCAAAAAAAUGCUCAAAAGUCUGGCAUUUUAAUUUAAAAGAGGAGGACGGAGUAGCACAGUGCAACAUCUGCAAAAAAAAAAAACACAAUUUCUCCCUUUUCUUCCGCUCAUUGGCAGACAGUGCAUGUGUGUGUUUUGUCUGUGGCUUUGCUUGGAACUGAACAAAGGCCUGUCAAGUUUUAAUCGUCUGUUUUAUUUAAAGGAAAGAAAAUAACAGUUUGGUUGAUUGGGGGAAAAAUUGGUUUCUCUGUCGGAUUAUUCUACAGAAAAUGAUUGAGACUCUUUCAGCUGAGGCUUCCAUGAGGUAAGAAUGUUCCCAGAUCCAACAGUUCUUAUGGCAAAGACUGGGUCACCUUUAGUCUGUAGGUCUGCUCUGUUUGUAUGUCUGUUGGGUCAAACACUAUUGAUUCACUUGGGUGCAAGACUCCAUUUGGUCUGUAGGGUGCACUAGUGAGGCUUUUCCACUACACACAUUGGCACAUGCCUUUUUGCUGGUCAUCACUUCGGGUACGUCUGACGGUGUUAUGUCUACUGAAGUUAAACAGUGUGGAGGUGUCGGUCCCUGAGAGAGUUUGACUUUGAGGGUUUGUCUUGAUUUCACAUGACCUGGGGAAACUAUAGUUACAGCACCGAGGGGGGUGCAGAUUGUAAUGAAAAUAAAGAGUAGGAGGUUUAAAAAAACAUGAACAAAUUUAGAAAAACAAAUAUGCAGUUUGAGAAAUACUCUUAUUUUUAACUGAACCUCUAAAGACGAUAGAUUUAAACCUAUCAGCACGAGUUGUAAAAAGUUCCCAUAACUGUUUGUGGACGUGCUUUGUAACCUGGCAGCUCUUGAAAGAGAAUGAACUGGGAAAUUGAGCGUAAACAUGGGUCAGAGAGGGUAAGAUUCUCACACAUCGCUGCAAAGUUGAAUCCUGGUUUAAUCCGGGUUUAGCGGCAACACUGGGUUGGUUGUAUGUUCUAGUUCACACAAACGGAGGUGGUUGUGCCAGAAAAGCCUGUGGAUUAUGUCUUUGUUGCUUCAUUAGCGUCACAACUGGUCGGUUGGGUACGCAGAGGAAACAAACCUGGAGGAGAUUAGAUUAUUGAACGUACUUGAUUUUAACUGCAGAAGUUACAAUAAUCAGCCAAACUUAUGUCAUUAUAGGGAGAUAUUUUUAUGGUUAUGACUGGAUUGAAACCAGAAUUCUGGUUUUCACAUUCAGCUCAUGUUCACAGACAAAAUGAAUUGGACCAUCUGAAGCUCUUACGAACACAAGCCCGAUCAAUGAAAGAUCUUACAACCAGUCAGAGAUAAAUCACAGCCAAUCAGCUGAUGAUUCCCCGCCUUUGAAGACGCAUUGAUUGGCUGCGGAGUGUGUAUGCCGCCACCCACUAGGAAGCCCCAUCAAAAGAGCAAUCCCCGCGAUUAAACAGCUCUUCCCUGCAGACAUAAGACCUUGAUCCCACGAGUCAUGUGAUGCAAGUGUCUCCCAGGAAAGUGCUAAUCAAGUGCAACACUGGGCAUGAGGACUUGUCUGGUUUUCGCAGGUCUAGGCUGCUUACCUUCCAAUCCUCUUGGCUGGCCCCCAUGUCACUGGCUGUAAUCUGCCUGGCUCAGAUAAAGCACUCUUGCCCCGGAGUUCUUCUCCAGCCUCAACACUCCACUGAUAGCUCAACACAAGAGGAGGCCUGUCAGUGCGCAGUGUAAACAAACUGCUGCUCAUCCAGACUUCUUAGAUGUACAGGCAGUGGGAUUUAGAAUCCACCCGGCGGGUGCCUUGAACUUUUGACUGCUGGCUCACUGGGCAUGAAAAGUGUGUGUGUGUGUGUGUGUGUGUGUGUGUGUGUGUGUGUGUGUGUGUGUGUGUGUGUGUGUGUGUGUGUGUGUGUGUGUGUGUGUGUGUGUGUGUGUUUGUAAGCUGGGAUUGGUCCUUUGAACCAGAUUGCGACCAGAAUCAAACUACGUCAGCGCUGUUUGCAAAUCUUGAUUCAAUUCUUAGUACAAUUUUAUCAAGAAGUUUGUAUCCCAGAGUGAAAUGAUGAGAGCAGGCGCAUGCAGGCAUCCACAGCUUGAAUGGUGCUCUGUCUUCAACCAUGUGCUGGUGCGAGCACAUGCCAUACAAAAGGAUAAAGAAUAUACCAAGGGACUCUGAAUGCCAUGAUGGCAAGUUGAUUUUAUCACAAACCUGCAGGCACCACAGGACCCUCGACUCUUAACAUUUUCACAUUUUUCUGACCCCACCAGAAAACUUCCAAAGGGAGCUCAGUGAAAAACGAGACGCGAUGCUUUCUCCUUUGCCUGCUGACCUCUUUUGACUAAUUCUGUCACCGUUUUCUGGGUUGAAGACUGCAUUUCCCCUGAGCGCCAUCACCCACCCACUGUUCACUAAGAUGUGACAAAGCAUGGGUUUGUUGUUGAAGGAAAUAAGUGGAGUACAGAUCUUCCUUUGAAUGCUUCUCUUUCCUUUCUGCAGUAAAAAACUACAAUGGGCCGUGAAUGAUGACAAAACUUUAUAAACUCUGACUUAGGGCUGGGCGAUAUGGGAAAAAGUUUAUCACAAUAUAUUUUUUUUCAUAUCAGUCGAUAUCAAUAUAUACGAAAAAAAAGAUGAAAUUUAACAGUGAUUAUUGGUAGCAUGUCUUUUGCAUUACAAUAAGCUACUGCAUCUGUGUGGUCUCUGUGUCUCUCCGACGUUUUGUCAUAAGGAGUUGCACUAGAGAAAGCGGACUGAAUGGUCGGCUGCUACUAUGCAGUUGUUUGUUACUUGGUUCUAAUUCAGCAUGAAGCGGACCUGGAGCAACUCCCCUUUUCAUUGGCUAUUCCUAUAGUUGACCAAAACAUGUCAGAAUGCCGACUAUCAAAAAGGAUAGUGACCAUGUUUUAUAUUGAUAUGGAGGAAAAUUAAUUUCCGAUAUUUAUCACUGUUUUAUCGCCCAGCCCUACUCUGACUUAUUACCAUUUCUUGACUUACAAAAGGAAGAAAGACAAUUCAUAAACCUCCUUUUCGAUGCACUAAUGUCUCAUCCUCAGAAAUGUUUUAAUCACUUAAGAUAAGUAGAGUCUACUUUUGGACAUGUGGCGGGGGGAAAUCUUAACACAUGGCAACACGAGCAGAGCGGGCCAACCAAAGCCUGGAAGUAUGUCUUCUUUUAGUCCAACAGAUGGAUGGGAGCGGGACUGGGUGUCACUCUGUCCCCCAAGAUUUACGGUUGCUGUUGGUUUAGCUGGUUUGGUUUUGAGGAUGUUUUUUUUUUCUUCUUCUCAGUUCGACAGAAAACCAUCAAGCCAAAGGAGUAAAAAAAGGAGUAUGGCUGCAGUUUAUUUUAUAUUUCAGAGACAAAACACGUCUGCAGACGCACCUGUUCACUUUAGCCUCUGGGGUAGUAUAGCUACUUUUAUUGAGUCUUUUUAUUUAUUUGCUACGUUUAUCUAUAUUGUUGUUUUAUGUUUUUAUAUGUUUUAUGCUUUUAUUGUUUUUUAUUGUUUCUGGCUAUUUUACUGUAAAGCACUUUGGUAGGCCACUGGCUGUUUUAAAUGUGCUUUAUAAAUAAAGCUAACAUUGACAUUGACAUAAAUAUGAAUUUUUACAACACACUUGUGCUUACAUUACAAGAAUCAGUGAAAAAAAAAGAUUUGUAAUAAACCAAAAACCAUUGCAAAGCCAGGGACAAGUUCAUGGAGGAAUAUAGAUGAAUGAUAAUUUCUGAUCAUUUUAGGCUUCACUUUUGCUACAGGCUUUCUGUUUUGUUUUGAUUUUUCUCUCAGUAUGUCUUUAAGGGAUGUUUUGGUAAAAAAUUCAAGAAUGUUGCUAAAGGGAGCCAUAGGUCUUGAAAAAUGUAGCCUCUGUUAUUCUUUUCUAAAAUCAAUCUCUUUAAAGGUAGAAAUCAUAGACUGUAUAUAGAAUGGACGCCAUCUGCCUCCUCGCUGGGUGAAGCCACCACAAGAACAGCACCCUCUAGUGGCGGGCUGCAGUAUAGAUCAUAAAUACCGCCUCCUCCAGCAAUCCCUAUGAAGCUGUGGACAAACUUUAGAAAUUAGUUACAAUGAAUAUAAAUUUAUCUCCCCCUUGGCUGCGAUGUUGACAUGUAGUUCCUGUAAGACUGUUUUGUGCUCAAGUCCUCUUUUUUCUGUGCAGCUCUAUUUUUAAAAGUUUUUAGGGGGUUCAUGUUUUCUAUGAUUGACACUUGAUACAGCCUAUGGGCGUACGAAGAUUGUGUCACUCAACCGGGGGAUACGCUGUUUGAGACAAGCCUCAUCACAGCGACUCUCCAUGACUCUCCCGCUGAAUGUGUACAACGCUACUGUGCAAGUUGUUCCAGGAAGUAAAGAAAAAACCCAGAAAUACAGAGAACUUUUUGGCUUCAAAUUCAUCGAAUGACGGAAGGCGGAACCAACUUGUCCAUGGUAGAAAUCUGACGGUGUUAUGUCUAGAAACUCAGAAAUCUGAUCAAGAACCAUCUUAAAAGUCGGGGGGAGUUCAUUUUUCCAAAAUUAAAGAAUACACUUCUUAUUAUUGUUAAUAAUCUGCAUUUUUUUUCUGAUCAAACUGAAAAACUGGUUUGUUAUUUAUUAAAUACACGCUGGAUAAUUGAUCAAAUUCUGUUUUUAAAACUCUUUUUUGAAAUAAUGAAUUGAAUUCCAAAAACACAACAAACAAGUAUCACAAUGCCAAAAGAGGUGCGUAAAUGUUCCUACUUUAACUUUACAUCUCAGACAGUUUUGCUGAGAUUAUUUUAAAAUCUACACAUCUACAUCUUCCUCUGUCUCUGUUCUAAGGAAUCAAAGAGCUGGACCAAGUGAUCGUAGUUCUCUUCACCACUCACAUGUUCAUCGGCGGAUUCUUCGGGUUUAUCUUGGACAACACAAUCCCAGGUAUGAUAACAUGAUAGUGCUUAACUACAACAAACAAUGACACCUUUACAGUCAGCUGACCUUUAUCUCUUCUUCCUCCCACAAAGGCACCGAUAAAGAGCGAGGCAUCAAGAGCUGGCAGGUGACGGUACAAGCGGGAAGCAACACCAUGUGUGACCAUUCCUGCUACGAUAUCCCUUUCUGCAACGGUGUUCUGAAACGCUUCCGCUGUUUCCAGUACCUGCCCUUCCUCCCGUCGUACAAGUCAAACCAACAGGCGACAUCCAAGUAAUGAAGGGUUAGCUUGAAGGGCAAAAAGUAAAAAUAGGAAACCGUAUCAAACACUGGCUUUAAUUCUGGCUUUAACAUUAUUUGGCACGAGCGUAAAUACGUCGAUAUGUCACCGUGACGUCUCAAUGCUCCACUUUCUCUCCGUUUCCAAAAUAAACAUGCAGCUAUAUUGAUUCGAUCUAACUAAAUCUAGAUCCUAAAACUCUUCUUUCAGGGUUCAGUUUUCAAAAGAAACAUAACUGGUAACUGUUUGCACACUGUCCUCUUUUACAGCCUGUGCUCUACCAGCUGAGUCUAUACCCUCCAGGGAGUCUGUUUUUGUUCUUGUCCAUCCGGGAUGUUGGUUGGCUCGGCCCCAGAAAGUAAACACAUCUUGCAGACUAUGGGUUGUAUUAUUUUGCAAAAAGAAAAAGAGUGAGAGCCAAAAUCUUACUUUGAAGAUGCACUUCCACAGGGCGCUCUGGUUUUCUUAUUUAAGUUCUAAACAUUGAAGAAAGUCGGAAACGUUCAGUGCGGCAGAGAGCUCUGGAUGGUGUAAUCCACUGGGGGAAAGGUCCUAUGUCAGUCAGACCGCAAGAAGUUGAAUUUGAGUAAAAUUUCAGUCAGACUACUGUAAUAAAUUCUUCUUUUUUAAGUGCAUGUUAACAAACCGAGCAAUACCGUCCACAGCAGGUUCUGUUUUUGCUUAAUUCAAGAGCAGACUGUCUUAAUUAGAGACAAGAAGUCAGGCACCAGACAAUAUUAAAAUAUCUGGUUAUUUUCAAAGUAAAACACGACUUGUUAACCCCACAUCAUAUUUCACUUGACUUCAACACCAAACUGUUGCAGGAAGCAGAGUCGGGCAUUGCUCAGCCAUUUUUCAGAGCUUGUGCAGGUUGGGAUUGUGGCAUAAGGUGUCAGGUGAAAGUGUCCCUGUGUGUCCACAAACAAUGAUAGGUUAUUACUACAGUUCACCAUUUAAAAUAAGGUUGUCAAAGAUAAUAGUUUAAGUUAUGGUCAAACACACCGUAACACUGAGUUAGACAACCCCUCGAGAUGAAUGUUGCAGACCGCUUGCUUCUCUAGUUAUACCAACUUUAGUAACGACCGCAUGAUAGCAACACACAGCGGUCUAUGUCUCCACAUG